AUGAUCUGGAAACCUAUCGUGGAAGAUGAUUCUCAGCUCUUCUCUAAUAAAGACGAACUCCCUGAAUACUUAUGCAUAUGUAUUCCAUUAGUUUCUCUCCCAAAUCAAGUGAGCAUAUUUGUGUCUUUCUACGACGUGACUUAGUGCACCAACAUCAAAGAACUGCGGAUGUGUAUUCAACUUUACAGCAUACAACGGCGAAACUUUUUCGGAAAUAAAUUCUCAAGCAGAUCAUACCCAGUUGAUAACAGUCAACCGAGUGUUCUUAAAUUUCCUGUUAAUGAGGCAAGCAUUUCUGAGUAUUCAGAAUCUUCGAAAUAUAGUUCUACUUCUAAUCCAUUGUAAUUGAUAAGAAUUGCGUACUUAAGAUGCUGAUACCUGUUACAGAACUUAUAUUCAACACUUUAUACUUUUGGAAUAAUUUAUACAACUGUAUUAAGUAAAUUUCGUUUGUUAUCGGUAAAAAUAAUUUGAAAAACAACUACCGAUCGGUAGACGUAUAUAUACGUAUACCGACCGGUAGUUGUUUUUCAAAUCAUUUUUACCGAUAGCAAACGAAAUUUACCGAUCGGUUUGUAAAACUUAUGUGAGAGAUAUUCGGUAUCGGCACAUCUAAAGAUGUUUGUUAUGAUCACAUGUAGAUGAAACAAUUGUUUACAGGCGGCACAUAUUUGUGCGGAUAUAAUUAAGCUCAAAUAAAUCGGUUAUUUAAACUUCAUUUGGAAAUUCCCGAUGCAAGCGCUGGCAUAAUUGAUUAGAAAAAACUUCAAAUACCGGAACAACUGAUCCAGCUUUUAAUAGUUUGACCAGAUGUUUCGGUAUUUGACGUUUUUUACCAAUCAAUUAUGCCAACGUUUGCAUUGGGAAUUUUCGAAUGAAGUUUAAAUAGCCAAUUUAUUUGAGCUUAAUUAUAUCCGCACAAAUAUGUGCCGCCAGUAAGUUCUAAUUUCGAAUACUAUCCACUACGUGUCGUCGUAUAGACAACCUUAAAGGUUAUUACUUAUUUUGUGGCAUUUUGGAAAAUUCCGUAUGUAUAUUAAUGUAAAAAUAAGACACAGGAUAUAUUCCCGAAAUAAAAACGACGUUUGAGAGUAUUUUGGCAGUUUUUUUUACCUUAAAUAAAACUUCAAACGCUGAGCUAACCAGUACUGUAAGAUCUCACGCAAGUCCUUUAUAAAAAGCUAUUCUGCCAAUAUUUUACAGCUAUUUUAUUUAAGUUCGGCUCAAUAAAGCGGUUGCGGAAGUUGGUUAGCAGCCACAUUUUAUCUUUCCUUUUGUAUGUCACGGGUGAAUCCGAGCAUUGCCAACUAGUGAAGCGAUUAUGCGAGGUAGCUGAUGCGUAUAAAUAUGAAUAUGUACGAUAGUGCGGUUCACAUGAGUAAAGCGGGCUUACUUAGUGGUAGUCUGGACUUCAUGUUCUGGACUACGAGUACAAUGCUGUAUAUAUUGUCAUUUCAUCGACUAGGCCCUUCAAUUAUGAGUUUGUUUUGUGUCUUUGCAAUUUGUCCGUUCUCUUGAGUACGAAUAUACCCGCGCUUGGCAGCCUUAAGCUAAAAUGCGGUACUUAUGGGAUAAAAACUGUGGGAACUUCUCCAGUUUUACUGGUGAUAGGAACGAUUUAUUGUAUGUCACUCAUGCUGGUCGUGAGGCCAUGAGGCUAAUUUGAUGGUUUUUUCAAAAUAAAUUCUAAAAGUCUCUCCUUGAUCACACCAAAGAUAAUCUUUUACAUUUUUAAGGUAGUACCCCAAGUCUGAAAGUCCGAUAAAUCGGUUUUCACAUUUCUCUGCUAAUUUCCGAGUUCCAGAUUAAGCAUCCUACGAUUUUCUUGAAUAAAUUUUUCUCUGAUGUCUUUGCGCUCUUGAAGCAACUUUAUGACAGGACAAUUCAUUGGGUAUGAGUUCAUCAAUGCUCAUUGCAUUUCCACUUAUUUCUAUAUUGCCUACACGAUCGUUAUGGUUGUUCGUCCGUGAAGACGAAGGCUUAUAUGUAGAUAGUGGGAUCGUCUCUUAUGAGUUUAUUUAUAAAUGAAAUCUCUAACAAGAUAUUGCAUUGGUGUAGCGAAUUACAUAAUCUGUUUUUCCAAUUAUUUGGUGUUCACAUCGCAAUUGAAAUUGGAUGUUUUCAUCUAUGUAACAAACUUGAUUGUCUAGGUGUAUAUAUAAUUGAAGAAAACGGCUGGUUGAGCCAAGGUGCCCAACCAGUCCUCUUCUUCAGUUGAUUUUUUUGUCUUUUAAAGUUCUCUAACGUCCCGUGCAUGCGCUUUUUGCUUUCCCUUAACGUUUCAUACGUUUAAUUAUCAGGUUAUUUAUUUGUUUUCCGAAUCUAUCAACGACGAUGUUUUACUUGUGGUGGAGUUGCUGACAGGGGACAAGGACUUGGAGCAUAUUCUCGGAUGGAGUUUUUGUAGACUGCGCAAGUUGAUUGAUGCUGAGUCACCGGAGGAAGAUCUUGAUUCCGGUUAUGUAGACAUGACUAUUUUAAAGGGAAGCCCACGGAGUCUGUUCGUGAUGGAGUCAUUCGAUGACGGUAAACUGUUGUCCAUAAUGCCUAUCCAGGUAUCCAGCAGGCGGUCUACCUUCAAUAGGUUCCGAUUCAGAAAUUUUAGUGAAGAUCAAACACUGUCAACAACUCGAGAAUUGUUUCAUGUACCUGCCAGAAAAUACUCUAUUAACCCCAGCUCAUUGCUUGCCCGGCAUCAAUCUGAAUACUGGACUCAAGUUUGGACAACGCGAUUCAGAAAUUGAGACCGAAGUUGACGGCUUAAAGAUUACCAUUCGGGGGAGCAAGCUGUCUGCACUUGAGAAGGAGCUGUCCAAAUGCAUACAACUACAAAACCUGACGACUACUAAGACAAAAACGGAUGCAACCGUUACUGCUUGGUUCCUAAAGGUUAGUUAUAAACCUGCCGUACGGCUUUUACGGAUGAAAGAUGCGCAUACUCUGUACCUUUAAAGUGUAUUUGGGGUCGUGCAAAAUGUCCCCUAAUUUUCUCCGUGGCAGUCAUAGCUCUGGUCCUUUUGGUAUAUUUAAAAGAUAUUUGUUCACAAUGGGUGGAGGACUGUUGAACCAGUACAGAGAGUUCUGCUAGAAGCUGAGACGGAGACCGCGACUGGAAGAACCUCAGGGAUUUCAAGGGCUGCAUCAACUACCCAGCUAGCGGUGAAACGCGAUAACGUGUUAGCAGGUGUCACCGUUCUCUCCGCUUCAAAAGGCGUUCUACUAGAGCUUCCAAAUAGUGAGAAUGUGGCCGUAGUUUUCAUUCUUCAGUGCGUUACAGCCGAAGUGAAUGAAAAUGUGCCUACAACGGUAAGUCAGUGUUCGGUUUGCCAUCUUCUUUGAAAUUAACUCUUCAUAUUGACCCAACUGUGAAAAACUCGGCGCCUCGGUGGGAUUCGAACCCACGCAGUAAGGAGAAGGGCUUUAGUACAGCCAACGCUCAAACCACUUGAGCUACGAGGCCCCGCCGGACGACUCGAGUUUAAUCACAUUUGGGUCAAGUUUAUCCGCCCAACCAACUGCAACGUCUGGAAUCCACCGAAUCUGAUACAGGAAGUUGACUGCCCAAGCAGGAUUUCCUAAGUAAUUCACCUAGAAUCCACCAGAUGACUACUAGGCUCGCGUAAUUCAUAGGUAGUAUUCAAAAUCAAACCUGAAUAAUGAGUAAAGAACAUGAUCCUGGUCUUCUGAAGCUGGCCAAUUUAUCGAAAACAGCGUAUGUUGACGGUUUAAGGGCUCCUUGGAAAAGGCGUCCACUGUAAGUUGAUGUAUUUUUGCCUUCCUGUGCUUGCCCUUGGUAUUGAAUCGCUCAAUUUUUGAGAACACUCGAUAACUCUUAAAAUAUUUUUCUUCACAUAAGGCUACUCGAAAUCCCCAAAGGGCGUGGGAGAGAGAGCCAGUAUAGCCAGAUUUUUCUGACCGCAAAUGUCUGCGAUUUCCUUAAUCAUCUCACUUUUAACGUCAACUUUACAAAUGCACAAACUGAUCGCUUCUACUGUGUACGUAGUAACUGGUAUGCUCUCCACCCUUAACGCAGUUGUUUGUGUGAAUCACAUGUUAGUUUGUUCGCCUCUAGAAAUUCACUAGUGCAGUGUAGGGCACUAAAACGUACCAGACCGCUUGCUUACAGACUUCAGAGUUCCAUGUUUGGUAUUCGUUAUUAUUGAUGACUUAGAACUGCGCUUCCACGUAAUCCCGGUAUGUUUACCCAAGAAACAUCUGAACAUAAGAUUUUACGUUUUCACAUCGCCGCAAUGUUUAAUAGAAAGCGAAUGUUAUAGCAUUUUUAACAUUCAGCCGCAGGAAAUUUAACACAAUGAAGGCGAAAGUUCGAGUUCCAGGCGUUUAUAAAAGUAAAGGUGGAUGGUCGAGUACCGAAACAGUCUGUUUAUUGUUCUCACCUUUCGAAUUCGUGCAAGAGUCCAUCGUCGGAGAUAGUAGCGGCAACGGAGCAAGCGACAGCUACAGGGUGUGUAACCCAAGCAUCGGCCGAUGGCUCAAGACUGGAGGUGACUGCGCAGGGUUCUGUACGCCGGCGGCGGGUCGAUAAAUCGUUUGGCUGAGUUCUCAUCCGAGGCCCAGGCUUCAAUUAAUUCUCGGUCUGUCUUGUUUCGGAUGUGGGCGACUAUUUUUGUGGCUGCGAAGUCAAACUCAUGACCCAUUUCGUAGGCGUGGGCUGCCACUAAUGAUGAUGCGUCGCCUGGUCGUGCAGCCAGCGUGUAUGCGCGAUCCAAGCAUUCAUAAGUCGCUGCCUACGUGGUCGCCCCCAGGGGACCAAAGAAUCAAAGUCACCAACGAUAUGGCAUUCCCCGUCAUACAUUAGGAACGUUUCAGAAGCAACCAAGCGCAUUGCUGCGGAGCCAAGUGUUGGAACUGCAUACCGUCCCAAAGCCACCAUGCGCAGCAGGGUGAUGAAAAUGAAAGAUCGGUUGAAGCAUGAAGAGCAAUCUAGAGUGGUCUUUCGCAUGCCGUGCCAAAACUGUCCUUGUGACAACACAGUCACGAGUUUAACUUCGCAGCCACCAAAGUAGUCGUCCACGCUCGAAACAAGACAGUCCGAGAAUUAAUUGAAACCUGGGCCUCGGGUGAGAACUCAGCCAAACGAUUUAUCGACCCGCCGCCGGCGUACAGAACCCUGCGCAGUCACUUCCAAUUUUGCGCCAUCGAUCGGUGAUUGGCUAACACGCCCUAUAACUAUCGCUUGCUCCGUUGCUGCUACUAUUUCUGACGAUGGACUCCUGCACGAGUUCGGAAGGUGAGAUCAAUAAACAGAGUGUUUCGUGCUCGGCCACCCUUCUCCCUCACUUCUACAGGAAAUUUAGACUUAUAGUUUGACUUGGAACUCGGAUCAUAGACCAUCAUUCACUCGACUGGGAGGAAGAUUCUUGGCAAUCCUAACCUCUGCCAAGGUAGACGACCUCCGGUAAGAUCGCAGUUCGUAGCCUGGGAUUAUGCGUCAACAUUGCUGACGUACUUGUUUGUUAUCAGUAGGCAUGUUCAAAUUCUCAUAUUCUUCAAGCCUGAGGUUGGACGUGGCCGACUGACGAUAGCCAAUGAGCCAAGAAUGCCUAUUCUAGUCCCUCCUCUCUCUGUGGGCAACCUCUUCUUACAUAUAAUACAGGUCACCAGGCUACUGCCUGUAAGAGUAAGCAGUCUUGCGCAGCAUCUGCCGCACUCACCCCUUACUCUCGCCAAGGCAAAGUUGGCACCACCGGAGGCGGGAGAUGGGACAGUGGCUGACAGAGCCACACAAUCCAUCUAUGCGUGGAACACACUCUUGGUCUGCGCAUAAUAAAUCAGGUUCUCACAUAAACCUGGGGACGAACCACAUUCCACUGGAGCGGAGCGUCAUGGAGGUCACACAUUCAGCAGUUGAAGUUUGACCCUCUGUCCUGAAGGGACCGAGUCAUCCCCUUAGCUGGCAUCCUUCUAAAUGACAGUUUUUGGCACACCGUGAUGGUUUAAAAGCGCGUCGGAUUGUUCAUAGUGAGGGAUGUGCAUUUAGUGCCGUGGGGAAGCAGACUCCAGAGUCGAUCUGCCUCUUCCUUCCCUCACCCAGACACUAGUUCGCUGUCCGGGACGGUCAGUCAUCUAUUGCAGAGAUUGGCUAGCGCGACAUGAACCUGCGCCUAGGCCUGUCGCACACACUCCGCGUCCAUGCGUCCAUGUGCUGCCCGGCUCAAUUAACGCGUACCAUGUUCUCAUGGGUCCGCCGUAUUGGUCCAGCGCAACUCCCGUAUGACCCUUUAUAGGGGGCACGUAUGUACAUAAGCAAGCGAAAAUGUACACAUUAUUGGGUGCAAAAUCAAAUCUUGUGACAGUGUUCUUCCGGAAUAUAAUUUACGCUUAAAAAGGUUGCCUUUUGAGUUCCAGGAGAAUGCAUAAUGAGAUUGCAUAAAGUAGUUCCGUGAGGAAAUGCAGGGAUGCGCAAUAACCAUCCAUUGUACUUUACGCCGACCUUGUUGCUACUUAUUUCCAUUAGGUAGUUUGGGCUGCUGCCUAAAGAAUGCGAUUUACCUUUUAAACUGCAAAUGCUUUUCUACAUUAGCCUUUUAAAUGUUCUUCGCGAGGACUUUCAGGCGGUUAUGGUAUGGAAUUGGAAUUCAGAGCGCAUCCGCAGAAGAGAGAAGAUCGGCAGUUGUAAGGCUGAUUGUGACCCCUUACUGCGGUCACGCUUAUAGAUUCCAGGCAAAGCAUAUUCGUCUACCGGGGUACAUAUGGACCGUUUGCCGACCAAUUCCACGUUAUUCAGUUACGGCGUUUUACCUUAAAACCUCACUCCUCAAAGAGCGUUAUUAUGGGGACGGGUGUUCUAAUUCCUUAGAAUUCCAAUUCCACAACUUGGGCCAUGGUUAUAACCUUGCUUCUCAUGUUACGGACUUUCUGCUGCGGUUCGUAAUUUUUCAGACUGUCAACAGACUGAGGAGAGAGGGUUUGAAUUUCGGGAAGUUUAACUGUAUCCCUUGAUAGAACUGACAGUGAAAGGUACUCGGAGCGUUGAGAAGUUACUAAAAACGCCGUUCGUCGCGUUAAAAUUCCUCUCGGUUGUCUUUUUCGAUUUUCGUCAAUUACAACAGAGCGCUUUUUUAAAAUCUUCACGGCAUACUGCGUGCAGUCUAUUCACUCGUUAAAUUCUUAGCCCGGAGAUCAUGCCUUGGCACUCUUAAACGGAUUUUCGUCUUCUAAUAAUCUCUUUCUGAAUAAAUUCCACAAUAAGCUGUCAACAUGUGAUGCAGUAUGGACAAACAACAAACUUAGAGUGAACAUCCGUCUCUAUUGUCCACACUGCCCCAGCACAUUCACUCGCCGCAUGGGCCUUCUAGGGCAAAUGCGCAUCCAGGAGAGCGGAAGUCACCUAGCACACGUUGUGCAACCACCACGCCUUGCCCAACCCACACACCACCGCCCACCGCGCCCACCACCGGCAGUUCUACCUUCGUCACCAUCAUUGGAACCAACCCAGACGCCCCCGAUCUAUCCUACCCAUACUUUUCCAGCACCUCCACCUCACACAUCGGCCUGGUCGGUCACUUGCGAAUCCAUCGCACAAAAACUGGCGAACCAGUACCUGGAACACCAACACACACCCAGCACAUCCGCCUCGACUGUCCCCACUGCACUCGCACAUUCACUCACCGCAUGUGCCUACUAGACCACAUGCGCAUUCACGAAAACCUGCGGGAAACAACCGCCGGCUACACCAAAUCAUCACACUUUCCUCCACCAACACCUGCAUCACGCAACCUCAUCACUCACCGCAUGCAACCAAUCGCCACCUCCCACGCACACUGUUGCGGCAAAAACUCGCGGAGGCACACGGGACGUCGCUCUCGCGGACACCGCUUUCGCGGAGCCGGAUGAACCUUCGUCCGGUUGCCAACUUUCCCCAGUUAUUCUGUACAGAAUAAAUCCUCCUCGGGAGAAGCGCAGCGUUGCAAUAGCCACUUGAAGUAGAGGCACUAAAACCAGUCAGUUCUCUAGUGAGUCACCAGUUACAACGCCCGUCAGAAAUGUUCGGCAGUACUGUUGGGUAUUUAAGCCAAGACCGCGAAUUUCAAUCGAAAUUCGAAAUCUCCUUGUCUUCACCCCCACCUCUAUCAAUUUACACGAGUCAUUUUUUGGCUAAUGCCUGUCCUAUCUGGGAUGGAAGCGUUUGCCGACAAGGGAGACCGGGAGGGCCACUUGUGACGCCUUUUAAGCCGACAAUCAGUCAUACCUGAAAUCCACUCAGGAAAGCUCUACGAUUACGUCACAUCGCAUGUGAGCGGCGUUCACUGGUCUGGCCUGAUUCGAGGACAGAAUAGGAAUUUUCCACUUUGGAGACUGCAACACCGAAACAGACGAAAAUGCCCCACAGUGCGCCAAUUCCACAUGACACUUGUCAGGUUUUGCUUUUUUCUGGGAAUCUGCUGACUGACAUCAUAGUGCUCCCUGUUUUCAUAGAUAGUGUCCCUCAUGAAAUAUUAAUCGAAGUCUUGGAAAGUGUUUUUGAUUAGGAAGAAUCGCCUAGAUGGGUUCGUAAUACUGAUUAUCGUACAGUAUAAUCUCAAGAUAUUUCCGUUACAGCAGGAUGCCAGCUUUUGAAUGCUUUUCUUUCCGGUCGCCUGCAAAAACCCGGGCUUGAUAAAAAUGAUUGCUUAAAUAAUGGGACCUUUUCUUCGAUUGUCUGCUCCAUUUAAAACUAAGGCAUGUUUUAUUUAAAGCACGAGCAAAAUAUACUUUUUUGCACACAAACAGUAGCAAAUUACGUCUUCUUUAAAUUUCAGGACGAAGCGUUGAUUCUGGUUUUAAAAAGUUGCUCAAUUCCUGAAUGAUUUUGAACUCGACCUGUCUCGGCAUUUUCGCUUAACACUUCCAACCAAAAUGUGUAUAUUUUGCAUUUAGAAAAAAUCCUGCGUUCUCGCGUACUACUAAGAAAAUACCGUUUAAAGCUCAUAAAAUCUAACACGGCUGUGGACCACGUCGUAUAAAUACUAAGGAACAUAAUAGACGGACAGAUACGUAGUCACUUGAAUAAAGAGUUCAUAGUCCUAAAAAUCACAAUUGCAAACUCCUUUUUAGUCGAAAGUUUGAAGAAGACGUUUUUAAUACAAAGGGAGUUCAAGGAAGAUAUUCUCAUGUGUGCUUUCUAAAAAAUAUGCUCCGACUUCCAAGAGCAUCGAAAAUCAAUAGCAACACUUCAUCUUGCAUAAGCAGUCGUUUUAGCUAUUGCCAUUGGCCGAAAAGACGCACAUUUAAAAACCCGUAUCCUGGCGUGACUGAAAUAGCUUGGGAUAAUGCUACAUGUUAGUCAAUAUAACAACCCCACCCAGGUAAUCCUUUGCACACCGAGGUCGUAUUUUAAAAUUUUUGCUAUCACUUUAUGAGAUACACAGCCUACGGACUGCAAGGCAGUCUGGUUUGCUUUCUCCAACCAACUAAUUCAGCUGCACUCCGCAUGUCGAGGUAAACUUCAUUCCUUUUCCGAUUGCAACUGACUGCCAUCUCAGGUGGACUCGGGGACGUCAGUUCCGACUUCCACAUGGAACAUACGGUUCGGUCACAUUCUGCCGAUGCAGUCUCGUGAAUUCGCCGCGGGCCGAGAAACCACCUUUGAAGUGGAUCUUCGGGGUGCUGGAGAGUCAGUAGCAUCCGAUGCCAACCCCUCCAACUCCACCUAUCGAACGAAUCCCGCAGCAGGAGACACUGAGCCCACUGCUGCCGUGAACACGGGGCCUGACCUCAAGACUCCUGCCGGAGAUAGCGAAGAGUUCACUGAGAAUGUCACUAUCUGUCCUGACGCCGCUCGUUGCCUGAGCCAUCUGGCGCCAUUCGGAGCAGAGUUUCGACUUUCCUGUACAGUCAGACCCUCAACAGCGGAAGCACAGGUAACGCCUCUUAGUGUUGUUUGUUGCCGCAUCUUACACGUGCUGGGCGGCCCAUAGUUCUCCUCCACUGAGUAAAGUAUUCGUAGUUCAGUAUCAAAUUCAGGGAUUUUCACGCUUUUCUCAGUUGUGAACAUUUCCAUAGGAUAUUUUUAUCCAACGAGUUUCCUAAAGCUGAAACAAAAAAUUUAAAAAAUGACGACAGAGGGCAGCUUGCGAGCACCCCCCCCCCCGGUGUCCUUGUGCGCACGGAGCCCCAAAGUGAGCGGCAUCAUGACGUUAGAUCUAAAUCCAACCUGUUAUCGGACGAAGGUCUGAGUGAAGUCUAGUAAGUGUGGGUUGAGGACCAACAAAUAUGUGACGCACUAGAACCGAGGAGAGGGUGACCAAUCGGCCACAGUGCAAAGUACCCCUCUGGUUGGCUUGCCUCGAUCUUGCUUCUAACACACGAUGGGAGAAGUGAGAGGGAUAGGUUAUGUAAUCCGGAUAGUCUUGCUACGCGAGACUUGCUACUAUAGUUAUUUAAGUAGACAUUGUAGGAAGCCAUCAAUGCUUUAUCGUAAUAGUCCUUGUCUGGCGAAGGAACUUCCUAGCACACAUUUUCCCUUCUGUAGUAAGUCUGAAGGAGGGAGAGUCUGUUGGGCAAAAGCCAUAUUCCCAGCAGAAUUAGUUUAAAAUGACAAAAGAAGCCGCAGUGGACUUUGUCACCAAACUGAGAUGAGAUGAGAUACUGCGUUAGCAGAGAGAGGACGGGAGGAGGCGGGGGGCUACUAAUAAAAACGCGGCCGAAAAUGAUAUCAAUAGCAAUCCCAUUAUGUAGCGGCUGAAGUGAAGCCGCCUUUCUAUUCGUCACAGAAGGUAGAAGGAAUUUGAACUUAAGUCAAAGUUUGCAAAUAGACUUUUUUUAAACUGGCUGUUUGUCCAAACUACGCUCUUGCACCCCCAUCUCCCCCUCAUAUCUCAAUCCUGAGCAUUUUCGAACAAGCUGUCUUCACAAACAACUUGCCCUUCCUCCUGCUCAGGAAGUUGUGGACCAAUAGGAUCCACAGAUAUUCAUUCUUAUGUCCCCAUUAUUAUUUGCAGUAGUCUUAACCGUCCACUGAGGAAGGAAAUAAAUGAACCGACCACCGUAUAGAUUUCAUCAAAUGCGACCAAAACACCAACCUGUGGUGGCGAUUUCCAAUCUUAAACUGUCUGGCAGUGUAUUAAGCCCUUCGUGCUGAAUUCCUCCACUAACUAUGCCAUUCAUGCCCACAUUUCCUCAGGUCGCUGUCAUUUGCGAAUGCAGUUGAAUCUACCAAUAAGAUACAGCAUCCACCAUUUUAAGGACAACAAAUCACGAAGCCCUUCUAUUAUUCCCAGUGAAAAGGGAGAUUUUGUUUGGUCCCAAAAUCUCCCAAUUGCCCGCGCUGGGCAUAUAUUUUUUCCCCUUUUCUAGAACGGAAGUGGUCUUUUCUCCAUGAACUUCAAAUGGGAACUGUUCAGAAGCAUCUUUCACUGUUUCGUUACUGAUCAAGAAAAAUUGGCGGAUUGGUGUCGUUUUAAGGAGAUAAGAGACAAACGUGCACCAUUUGCUGGAUUCACACCCAAGAGUGGUUUGGACUACAAAUAGCCGCGCAUUCCACAACUACUUAUGUGCUCCAGAUUUUUUUGUCCAGUGGCUCACCAUUUGGUCAUGAGUCCUUUUCGGCUGCCACUCCAAGUUUCCUUUCAUCUUCUACUUUUAGCCCGCUGAGCAGGAGGCAGUUCAAACUGCACAGACAAGCAAAUUAGCCGCGUAAGUAAAUUUUCGUCCGUAACCGCUCUGCAAAUACUGUAACUUAACCUCAUAUUGUCUACUUCCCUCAAAAUAUCGGGUAGUCUUCUUUGUGAGAACUUGUGGUUAACUGCUGUAGGCGUUUAUUCGUCGUAAGCUUGACUGCGUUGCGCGUUUUGGUGGGAAAGGGGUAUCAUGACAGAAUACGAAUAGCUCCCAGACGAUACCCGACUUUGGGGACUCUCCACAUCUGGGCAUCAUUUUGUCGGCCACGCCGGGCAGGGUGGAUGUAUAUAGAGUGACGUCAUUUAAAGAUGGACGACAGUUUUAUCAGAUUCGACUUUACCCCUUCGCCAGAAACUGAGGGAACGUAAUAACCGCGGUUCCAAGCCGUCUUGAAGGGAAUUUCCCUUCUACCCAACGGUUAGGCUUGAAAGCGAGUGACUAUGUGAUAAGUAGCCCGAUGAACGGUUUAGAUAGGUCGCCAAUGGCCUAUCUGGUGCUUUGCUACGGCAUCUAUCUGCCAGUUUAGCACGCCCGAGGAACGAGCGAUUGGUCGUUUGUGCACUGGUCUGGACAAUAGAAUCUUUUGCACUUUCUGACCUCUGUUGAUCUUAAGCUCGGGCCAUCCUAUCUCAUCCAAAUCGGACUAUUUUUUCCCAAGUUUGCUCUGCCUGUGAUAAUGAGCUAAGCGGUUGGUGAGUAGUAAGACAAAUAAUCGGUAGGACUGACUUAUGUGGUCCCUCAAAGAGGACAUGGGAAAAGGAACCGUCUGCAAUACGGGUGGCUUUGAGCCAACUUCUAGUGAAAUAAGGGUUAGGUUUAAGGUUAGGAUUAUGGACAGAGAGAGCAAGAGAGGCAAAUCAGGAUCGAGUUCAGGGUUAGGUGGGCAGGUGGGCUAGUUUUAACUGCAGAGUUAAGGUUUAAAACAGGGUUAGGGUCAUGGUUGGAUGGAGGACACUCCUCCAAAUAAUGCCUAAAAACUGGAUAGUUUAAUAGCAAAUCGCCUCUUCUUCUUCUUCUUCAAAUUUAAGACUCGAAAAAUCGAUCUUCCAAAUUCAAAAAGUUUCCAGUUAUGAGAAUUUUCAAGACCGUGCAAUUUUCAUUCAAAUGACAUCGUGUUUGUCUAUUGUUGGUUCUCCUGAAAUAUAAUGUAUAGUCCAAAUUAAUUGCAUAGUUUAAAGAGUCCUGCAUGAGUUUUUGUAACGGCAUAUAGGCUAAAAGGCCUUAUCGCAAAUGCGACGGUAGAUCGGGCUCAGAACCGUUUGGGAAUUAAAAAUGCUCUUAAUACCAAAGUUUACCCUUCCGUUUAGUGUAACAUUUACAGAAGCAAUUUCCUACGAAAUGAGUACAGGAAAGUACAUAUAUUUUUGGCAUAGGUCGUUUAUAAACUGCAUUUGAAUUUGUAUGGGCAACGAAAAUUGAUCAAAAAAUUUUCACUGCUUAAGUAAUCAUUUUUGCCGAGUGCAGUUUCUGCAGGCGGCCAAAAAGAAGUGCGUUCGAAAGGCCGGUACACUGAAGUGACUGAAAUAACUUAUGAUUGUGCUUCAUGAAAACUAAUUUUGCAAUCCCAUCUGACUAGUCCUUCGUAAUCGAAAACGCAUGUCAGAACGUCGGCCAACAUUUAAUGAGAUCAGUCCUUCGAAGCCUAUAUUUCAUAUCACGAUCCAAAAACUCGAUAUAGGAUCGCAACGGACUCAGCAAUGAUCAUCUAUACCCCCUUUCUGUUACAACCUGGCUAAAUUCAAGUUAUAUGUGCUUCUGCUCACUGCCAUAUGUAUGACGCUUCGAAAAAUAGUCAUAGUGGCUUUAUCGACAGCCUUUCGGCGAGAUCUCGUUUCGCACUAUAGUUGCGGUUAUCAGCGUCCACACUGGGACUUGAACUGUCUCUUUCCACCCAAACUUGACGACCGUAUUAACAGACUUCAGGCCCUGAGUCGUUAAGUUGCAUCUCUAAACCUUUGACUGCCGCACUCCAAUUAAGUUAAAGUCCAGUCUAAAGCUCAAUCCACCGUGCAAUCCUUUUCUUUAUCUGCCUAUCUGAAUUUCUUCUGGUCAGAUAGUAUGGACUCUAUCUUCGCUACGUAGUCUGAUCUGUUCAUUAUGACGACGCCUGUUCCCUUUACAGGUCUAAUUACCAAGAUCUCUUUUUCCCUCGAAAUUCUUUUAAUUUUUCCACGUGUGCUUUUGUCAGCACUCCUCGACUUUUUGGCCCUUUGUUUAGGUAUUGGUAACUGCAAUUCACUAAUGUGGAAUGAAGUGUUGGAUACUGUCUGUGGAAGCGGGCAAUAGAUCGAAUGUUUGGUUCCAGAGGUUCUCGAACUGCGUUUCCAAUUCUAACUGGUUUACUUUUCGACGAGGUAUGCAAAACUUCGGACCAAGGGAUAAUGCUUCAAGUGAUGUUUUAUCAAGUGUCAUGUAAGAGUAGUUGUGUACGCACCGAGCUGGAUCUUUCGGAAACCGUGACUGGGCUUUCAUCUCAUGUAAACUCCUAAGAAGCACAGAGCGUUUUGCCUCUCCACGUUUCUUUUCAAUGGACUGAGUGUACAUGUCGAAAUCUUGUCUUUCCUCAUCUGCCAGGAUAUCUAGGACGGCUGUGUGUUGACACACAUGACGCUCAAGUUCCUCUAAUUUUACGAGGGUACUCUCUAGUUGAUUCUCAGCAUAUCUCUUCAGGGUUUCUGUGGUAAUAACUGUACGACUACGACGCGGCGCUCUCUAAUAAUGGUCUGGAUGCUCAUUUCUCUCAAUACUGUCUAGGCGUCAAAAAUAGUAAAUUUUCACUUAAAACCGUAAGCACUUUUCAGGUAAGAUUAUCUGGAAUCAUACCUUGCGUGAGAAAACGGCCUUUUACUCUUCGAAUUUAGACAGUAUGUGAAAUGCAAAAAGUCUAAGGUAUACUAGACUUAUCAUCGUGACUUUGCUAACCAUGUUCCAUUAAAUCAGUCGUCUGUUGUAUGAGCGCAUUAAAAUUGAGAAUAAAACAGAAAUAUACCUAUGGAUUUUGGAUAAUUUCUGCAUACGUGACAGACAAGAUUCUUGGUCAAAUAUCGUCCCAUCAGGACCUGAAAAUUUACAGACUACAAUGUGCUCUGUAAGUUGAUGCUGGGAUUCCGCUUUUUAAAACGGCGAACCUUACCUUUGGUAUAUAAAUCCUCAUUCCUAUUUAUGGCAUGGGUAUGGUUUAUGGCCGGAGCUACUUACUCCGCGGAGCACUUGCGUUGAGCAAAAAAGCUGAACAUCUAGGAACACUGUGAUUUCGCAAAUUUUGGUCCUCCAUAUUAUCACCAAUUAAAGGGCACGCUAUUUUUAUAACUUAGUGAUAAUAGUAACGGCAUUUACUGUCUCUUUGAAGGACAGGAAACGUCAAAAAGAUAUUACAUUGUCUUAUUUUUACUCCAAUGUCUAUCUUAAAACACCUUGCCUGCCCUCAGGCCGUGAGGUCUUUUUAUUUCUUUUUCUGCCAUGUAUAAAUAAACAUCGCCAGUUAUUUUCUGUUAGUCCAACUGCUCCCCGGAUUAAGUUACCCCGCCCAUAAAACAUACCCUUGCAUUAUUUACUGAGAGCACUCAAUUUUUAAGAAUAUCUAAAUUCCUUUUUAUUAUCCUUAAAUAAAAGAACGGCUUAGAGUAAAUGCUUUUCUUACAAAAAAUGGGGAAGAAAGCGGGUCUUUCGAAUGCCGGCAAAAAAAGGUUUCAGCAUGCUUCGUAGGUCACAUUGGCCAGAAUAAGCUGAAGAUCUAAAACGUGGGGAUUGUGAUUCGAUAGAUUUCUGUCCCACGUUUGCUUCAUUACACUAUAGUUGCUGUGAUCAACGUCCACACUGGGACUUGAACUGUCUCUUCCCACCCAACCUUGACGACCGUAUUAACAGACUCCAGGCCCUGAGUCGUUAAUUAGCAUCUCUAAACCUUUGACUGCCGCACUCCAACUAACUUAAAGUCCAGUCUAAAGCUCAAUCCACCGGGGGCCAAAUUACACCCUCCUGGGAGUUUUUUUCGGCCAGCGUGAACAUUUCAGCAAGAGAUUUAGAAUAAAAUGUAGACUGUUAGUACACAUUUUAUCGACAGCGUUGAGGUCUGAACACUGCGAAAAACUUAUAACUUUGAAUCAGGCUUAGUUCUGCAUUGCAAACCCUGUGAUAGUACAUAAGAUUCCAUACUUUGAGGUGCUACUCAUACCUAUAACGGAGACCCAGUUGGUUUUGAGGCGUGGGAAUGAAAAGAAGUAAUAUCUUUGGCUGAUGCGCCUCCACAUUUACGGUCAUAAAUGCACAUCUCUCAGCAGUCAGCAACAAACGUCGAAUUUCGACGCCUUAUGUGUCAUUUGUCUCUUGUCUACGCGUUGUCCAUAUCGAGGAUUUUCGGCACCAGCACUAAUGACUUGACCAUUUAUGAUUAUAUCGUUGCCUAAUGUUUUCAUCGCAGCAACUUGUGCACUCUAAAUUAUAAAAUUAGGCUGGUAUUGUUUGCAUCGAUAAAGAAAAUGUUCUGCCACAAACUCUCGAUGCCUUGAAAUCUGAUAGCCCUCUGAACCAACAUCGGUCAAUCACACUUUAAGAUCAGAACGACACUACCUUACAUAUAGUGCAGCCAAAGACCUUGUUUACCGCCCUGAGGCGUGAGUUUAAACCUGUCGUUCUGCAUGGCAAAUUCCACGCUCUUUUACUGAAGGCUCGUGACCCUGAUAAAGAGACCACGUCCCCUCUUGAUGAACGUCUCCCGAAAACCAGUACGCAGGCCGACACUCUUCGUCUACGUGGAAACGGGGAUGAAUAAAGUCGUUCAAAGCAGAGACUUUCAACAAAAGGCAAAAAUGCGAAUUCCAGGAAGACGGUGAGGAAGACAAGAAAUUUGCCCGACCUGACGUUCCGACUUCGUGCUCGGAGGCUGGGGUCGAGCAUGAAGCCGGAACGUCAGGGGUCAGAAAGUCCCUGUUCCAGCAAUCGCGUCUGCUUCUUGUCAACCUUCUCCAAAGCCUCUAACGUCUGACUCGCCUGCGCUGAACUGUAUUAAAUACGCAAUUAGGUCUAUUCCACAAUUUACCUUUACAGUGGGACCAAGGGUAGCCUCCGCACACAAGGUUUCCGAGCCAUAGACAGUGUGCACUGUAGUAGGGCAAGAUCUCAUUUCGUAGCCAUACCUGUCAGGGGUCAGGGUUAGGGGUUAAGUUUGGGAGUUAGGGUUAGGGGUUGGGGUUUGCGUCUUCAAAGAAGCAGCUAUUUCCUCAACGUGUCGCAACUUAGAUCAAUUGUCAUCAUUUAGGUUGUGCGCCACCUUUCAACAGUUCCAUAUAGCCAUUUCAGAGUAAUUGUUUUGAAUGGAACUGUCUUUCGGUAAUGUAUGCCCCCCCCUCCCAUUCGCGUUUUCACACCCCUCCUUCUUUAUUUGCUCAAAUCGGAGGUUUUUUGCGCAAUCGUUAGUUGAAUAAAGUAAUUUAAUGGCCCAUUUUAAUUGGCUAGUUUCGCUAAUUCAAAUUACCUCUGUUGCACGUCCAACUUUUCAGAUUACCAAGCUCUCUAACGGCACCUACUGCAGCUAGUACGCUCCCAAGGGAAAAUUUAGCCUUCCGGAGCGAAUCGAGCACCCUGGAGUUACCGCCGCACGUCGAUCAAACCAACGCCCUGGCUCGUACCUAUGACCAGUUCAACCAGUAUGCGCCGCCGCAGUUUAUGCGUAGCCAGCCACAACUUAACUACCCACAGUUUCCCUUCUGUCCACCCCAGCUAUUCUACGGACCGUGGGUGAACGCGGAGAACUACGCCAACCCCCUGCCAGUGGUCUAUGAGCCACUGAAUCCCAGACACUUCUCCAUUCCGCCCUAUAUUCCUGGCGUUCUGGGGCAGACCUUUGCGCCAGUGUCUACUGCAAACGCCACCGGUCUCUCUCGCCUGGCCUACGCACGCAUCUACUCAUCCGGUGAGUCUUCUGGCACUGACGAGAACAGUCCUGAUCGUGGGGCUAACGUUUAAUGUGAGGCAGCUGAAGUUCUGACCUGUACUCAGAACCUACUACUGAUAACGGCGGAGGAGACUGGAGCGGCCAUUUACGGCGUAUGUUUUCCGUCGACAGUCAGCUAUGCUCCGUCCCCGGGCCGGGAAGACCUGCUGUGUGAUCCGGGGUUCCGUUGUCUUUUGAGGUUAACACUCUAGUAGUUGAGCUACGGAUCCAGGCUGUCGACUGUGAGGGUUCUGUAGGGCGGCUCGAGGGUAAAAAUGCAGUCCACCCUGCAAUGUUACAUGAGAGUGUCAUUUCCAUACUGUUCUGCGGCACGCGCUACUACUGUUCCACGAUUCGGGCUAAGGAUUCGCCUGAAGAACAGGUGUUUUGCGCUUACCCUCAACCCUCCUCAGUCAGCCUCGACACAUCUUGCAGAAGCAACCGAUUGUCCUUUUCAGUCCAACACCUUCCUAGACCAGAGGCUGGCUGAGGUUGCAGUGGGCGGACAACACGACAUUUCUCAAAUCAGAGGUCAAUGCGGCGUGUUAAUAGGCCGGCCUUUACUGCAGCAAGGGAGCUUGCAAGCGACUUGAAGGCCAGCGACAACAAAAAGUUCCGCCGGACACCAGCGCGGAGCGCGUGCGCGCCUGAGCUUUGUCCGGCCGUGGCCAAUGGUUGAAGAGGAAAAUGCCGAUAGACGUCACAAUGUUACGGCUGAGUAACACGCGACGCAAGCCGUAAACAGGCAAGGAGAGUUCGGCGGCCGCCCACACCGAAUGUAAUACCACAGAGCACAGACGUUGGCGACAACUCUUCACCACACCAAAAAUGCCCAAAAAUAUGCAUAACCCGUGCUUUACGAAUGUCUUUUUUGAAGGACAGCAUGACGAACCCACACAUAUUUCCGGUACUUCUAUCGCGGCGUUUUAAGCUACAAUGAGUGACCGAUUUCAUGAAAUGUUGGCCGAAAUUCUGAAAUACGUUUUCGAUUAGGAGGAAUUACUUAGGUGGAUUUGUGAUACUGAUUAGCUCGCGGCAUAAUCCUAUAACAUUUCAGACUCCGCUGGAUGUCGACUUUUGAAUGCACUUCUUUUCGACCGCCUGUAGGAACCAUACCCGACAAAGAGUGACUACUUAAGUAGCAUGCAUUUUCGCAUUGAUUUUCGAUGGGUUUAUGAAUUCAAAUAUAUUUCAUGCAAAACACAGACAAGAAAUGCUUCCCUUUACUCAUUUGAUUGAGAAUCACGUCAUCUUUAUAUUGUAUACUUGAAGAAGGAUUAUAAUUAAGUUUUUAAAAAGUUUUUUAAUUCUCGAAUAAGGGGGCCUGAUCAACUGUUGCGUUCCGCGUAAGAAAAAUCAUAUAUUUUUCUAUGCCUUUAAAAAGGUAGCAUAUAGAGUCAAUGACAUUUUGCAAUGGAUGCGGACUAUGCUGUUCAUUUCAUGAGGAGCAGUAGUAAACGGAUAGGUACGAUGUUGUAUGAAUGGACAUUGCCGGUCUUAAACAAUCUCAUAAUGAGGAACUUUUUUAGAACUUAAUUAUAUUCCUUCUACAAGUAUGCAAUAUAAGGACGACGUGAUUCUCUAUCAAAUGAGUAAAAUAAAGCAUUUCUUGUCUGUGUUUUCUAUGAAGUAUAUUCGAAUUUAUACGACCAUCGCAAAUCAAUGUAAAAAAGCAUGCUAUUUAAGUAGUCAUCCUUUACCGUGUACGGUUUCUACAGGAGGUCGAAAAUAAGUGCAUUCAAAAGUCGACAUCCAGCGAAGUCUGAAAUGUUGUAGUAUUAUGCCGCGAAACAAUCAGCAUUAAAAAUCCACCUAAGUAAUCCCUCCUAAUUGAAAGCGCAUUUCAGAAUGUCGGCCAACAUUUCAUGAGAUCCGUCACGCACUGUAUAAUGAGGCCCUAGCCACUACGACCAUGAGGCGCAGUUCUGAACAGGGAUAGAAGAAGUGGAACGCCAGUUGAGAGGAUGUGGUAUUCAGUACAGAACUAUUAAAGCAGAGGUUGGUUGGAGCUGGCAGUCGGAGGAGGUCACGUCCGACGCCGCGAGAGCAGUGGAGUCCGCCCGUGUGUGAGAAAGAGUGGGUAGUCGUCCAGCUCCUUCAGCGAGGUCAUGUCUGAGUCAGCCUCGAAGAUGAUUGGCCAAUUUGGAUUGGCCGGGAUUGGCCAAAAACCCGACUGCAAUUUGUGCGCACGUACAAGUAGUCGCAAGGAGCUCUGUGCUGCAACAUGCGCCCGUAGUUGGACCACCACACUUCCUCCUCAGUUCGUAGUUUGGCUUUCAGAGGGAAAAGCCGGCGAAGUAUUCAGUUCGUCCCAUGCGGGCUAUACAUAAAAAGUGGAGAGGGAGGCCUAGUACAAAACUGUGCUAGGACUAGAUAUGCGAGCCUACGGAGAAAAUAGAGCCCAGGGACUCCUUCAAUUCGGGAAAAUGUCAAUGCCAGUUUUAUCAGUAGGGCAGAUGGACGCAACAGUCGAUGGGAUCUGCGGAGGGCAUCUAGAAAGGUCACAUUUUGGUCAUAUGUUUGUCUUUUUGCUCCAACGAGGUGCGAAACAGACAGCGCAUUUUUACGUGCGGAAGACAGGGUAUCCGGGGUUACUGACUAAUGAAGGCCGGAUUGGGUUAGACGGCAUGUGUCAGGUAAACUUAGCCAUAACCCUGACCCCAACCCUAACUCUUGCCCUAACGCCACUCGUUGGUUUACUCCAAUCUUAAAUCUAACCUUAACUUAGACCAUCCAUUCGGUCAUUUCCUUAGGCUUAGACGGAAAAGAGACCACAAUACAAUAUGCCUACCUAAUUCAAAUAAGGAGGCAUGUGAUAGUAUUAAAAAUUGAGAGCGUACACAUUCGACUGUCGCCGAAAACCGUAUCUUACCUUUAUCUGCACAUAGGCAUCCAGCUUAUACCAUAGACGGCAAGACCAGCACAAAAAGCUGUAUCCCACUGAGAAGAUCGGCUUACGUAACCUAACUGCUGUCGAUUUAGCUGAUGCGAGAAGAUACUGUCAUAGGGACUUCUGGCAGCCCAAUAUGCUCUGUAGCCUGCGUGGGGCGCGGCAGUCAAAGAUUUGAGCUGCUUAUCGGACUCCGUUCGUCUUUCCCGGACUGCGCCGGAAGUUGUUAUCUUGAACAUCCGCUGACUUUCUCGGCCGAUUUUAUCCGAAUCACGACCCCUGCAACUUGAGUAGCUGCGCACAGAAGUGGUCCGGUCUCGCGGCUCUUUUUCCCACAAAAUCAGUUUGUCGAGAAAAGUGCCUAUGUAUUAACAGGUGGAAAGCUUUCUGGAACAUUGUUAUACAAAACGACUGAGCGUGCCAUUUUAGUGGAUAACAGUGCUGGUGAGACGAUUGUCCAUUCUGAUAAAAGAAACUGUUUUUGACAUGUCCAACAGUUAAGCUCAAGUAAUGCAUUGAUUGGAAACCAGACUCAUCAAGGGCUUUUUGCAAACCCAAAACAUGUGGCUCGCGUGGUAAGUUCCCCAAAUACACCUAGGUUGAUGGUCACGCAUGUAUUUAACCGCAGUUAUCUAAACAUGGAGGACUGAAACUCAAGGACUACGGAGUCUGUCUGUUAUUCUGGUUGCUUGCAAUACGAAAUGUAUGGGGAAAUGACCUUAAGCGAAAUUGCAAGCCUUUCGAUUUCAACCAAUGAACGGUUACUGACCAGGCGGCUGUAGAAACAGCUGCCUACGAAGACGUCAUAAGUUACGGCGGUAUUACGGUACGACGGAUGUCACCCCCUACCUCCCCCCUCCACAUCACCGCCUGGUAUAAUCCAGGCAUCAUAAAGUAGUUUUCCAGGGAGGGGGCUGGGAUGCGGAUGAAGACACCUCCUGUCCCCAAACCAGGAAGAACAGAGAACCGUCCCGUUUUCCAUUCUCUCACAUAAUCACUUUCCGAUUACCUUUAUGGACAAUCGGGGGACCGUGACCUUCACGGUAUGCUUUGAGUUGCAGAGGACCAGUGGCGUUGAGAGGAUCAAUUUCCUGUAUGAAAACAACAAAAUCAGUAGCUGUCCACGGCGAAACUUUUACGUUCGUGGUACUUAACUUUGAGCGGAGUGGACGCACAAAUGACCGUGAAGAAUAUAUAGAUAUAAAUUAGAUAGACAGUCUCUGGAAGAGGAUCAAUGAAAGUACGUAUGCAUUGUCUUCUGGGGACUGUUGGAGACUAUGACAAUCUAAGUGAGGCAGCAUGUGGACUGCCGAUCAGAUGAAAUUGAAGUCGGAUGAAACAACAAAUAUGUGGGGCUAUAACCUACUCAAAUAGAUAUAGUAGAUAUUAUUUUUAGGCAAGGGAUAUUUGGGUGCCCUCUCCCGACUGUUACUGUCUUCUGCAUUGAGUAAACGAGGGGUAACCAGCAAAGUCAAUGACGUAUUGCCGGACCGAAGGAAACUGCUGGAACCACGCUGCCCUUGCGCUCUGCAACUGGAAAGUGGUCCAUAGUCUCCCUCCAGCCAAUCAAAAAGCACAGGAUUGCGAUAACCCCGAGCUUUGCGAUUAAGACUGCCUUGGUGGAGGACGGUUGAUGACCGCACAGCCCAAAAUGGAACGUUUGCUACUGGAAAUAAGUGUUUAGUCUGUUCACAGGUACGCGCAAAGAAUUUGAAAUCUCGACAUUGCCGAAAUCCUUCUCGAGCAUUCAUAAAUGAACAAGCCAAUAUUAGGGUUAUAACUUCGUCAGAAAUUAAUGCUCAAACUCGAAACCCGUGGUACAAGUCUUGGUGAGCUCGAUCUCGAAAUCGAGAUGGGCAUUUAGACUGAAUUCAGUCGAGAGAAUCGCCACUUUUUAAUCUUAACUGCUAAAAGUACUCUGCGAACAGUAAAGUCAAGAGAUCGACAUAACCAAUUGCAUGGAAACAAUCUUUUAAGGACUGGAUUGAACUGCAUCAGGUGGCCCAUAGCUGAUUGGCCUUCCAUGUGUAGUAACUACAGCACAAAAUGUCCCCGGCAUAUUUUCCAUUGGCCUGUCAAGCUCAACUUGCAGCAACGGCUCCUGUACUAUUUAAUGGGCGCCGGCGAGGCUUAUUAAUGUCGGGUUGUGAUUUCAGCGCUUAAAUCCUGAAACGUCAACGAUUGCGCGCCUGUCCGAUCGGAUACGGAACUCCCGGUGAAAAGAGCCGGGGAAGCAGUCAGUUACUGGCAUCUGUUUUAAAUGUUUGGACGAAGUGUGUCUGCUGAGGUGGAACAGGUGUCGUCCUGGGGGAUACAGCGUAGAAAACCCUUCGCCAAUGGUGAAAUCUUUGCGCCUAGUCUCUCCCAUUACCGUACACUGACAGCAUUCCGAUGAAGAAUGGAGAGGCUACUCCGUAUGCAAGCUCAAAUCGAUCUGUCAUACAGUGAGCAAUCUCUCGUAGCGUGUAUCACUUAGUGAGUCACCCUCAGGACAUUCCGUCGAUCGAUAUUCCGCCAUAAACUUUAUCAACCGUCACAGUUCUGCACUUUGAACGUAGAUUUUCCUGUUCAGACGGCCACGUUGUGUUGCGAACUCCGCCAAGCCCAUUAGGGCAUCGCUCACUCAAACUCUGCAUCUUUUUACUGGAACUAAGUGAAGACCUUGCCAAAUUCGAGUCAGUAUGGUCGAUUCACGUGUUUUUUUCCCCAAUUAGCACGCUUGUACCAUGCUGCUUGCGUUUGGUCACUAAGACAGGCAUGACUGCUGAGCCAAUAUCUAAGGCUUCAGGCUGACCUCCGUCCGAUUUAAUGACCGUCCUGAAAUGUCUGCCGGUCAUAAAGGGACUAGAAAGUACCGUCUAAACUGCCAUUGUCUAUGCUUUUGACAGAGGGGGGGGGGCGCUUUUAUGGUCAGACACGGGGGUAUGGGUCCCCGUAAUACGGGUGGUCUCUCGCCAAGCUCCAGGACGUACAGUAAGUGGGCUAACUCAUGAAAUGUCAACCGAAAUUCCGAAAUGCGUUUUCGUUCCCAAAAGAUUAAUUAAGUAGGGUUGUAAAAGUGGUCAGCCUGCAACAUAAUUCUAUAAUAUUUCAGUUACCUCAGGAUGCCGGCUUUCGAAUGAACUUUCUUCCGGUUGCAUGCAAAAACUACACUCUGUAAAAAAUGACUACUUAUGUUGCAAACAUUUUUCUCCUUGAUUUUCGAUGCCCCAAAUGUCCAAUUAUAUUUCAUGGGAAACAUGCAAAAAAUAUUCAUUCUUUUGCUCAUUCGGUAGAAAAUUACGUCUUCUAAUUUUAUACUUGAAAGAGGCACAUAAUUCAGUUUUAAAAACGUUUCUUAUUGUGGGACUUUUAAAUACCGUGAAAUGGCCGCUCAUAAAUCGUCAUGUCUCUGCAUUUACCAAUGUGGCUCAUAAAAUUAACAAUAUGGAUCAAAUCCACUGCUAAAUUUUAUGAACCCUAUAUGGUCUCUCUUUAUUAGCCUAGAGAAAUAUGGGGUUUUCCGUACCCGGGAAAUAUACGGCUUGCAGUUCGGAAACCCUGAAUCCAAGUGCGAUGGUAGAGCGGGUUCAAAAUUAAUCUGGAAUUAGAAAAGUUUUUGAUAGCCGAAUUGUACCCUUCCUUCAAGUAUAAGAUUGGAGGAAGACGUAAUUUUCUAUUGAAUGAACAAAAAAUUAAUAUUUUAUGCAUGUUUUCCAUGAAAUAUAAUUGAACAUUUAGGGACAUCGAAAAUCAAGGAGAAAAAUGCAUGCUACUUAAGUGCCCAUUUUUACAGAGUGUAGUUUUUUCAUGCAACCGGAAGAAAGUUCAUUCGAAAUCCGGCAUCCUGAGGUAACUGAAAUAUUAAAGAAUUAUGUUGCAGGCUGACUAGUUUUACAAGCCUGCUUAAUUAAUCUUUUCGAAAUGAAAACGCAUUUCGGAAUUUCGGUUGACAUUUCAUGAGGUAGCCCACCUACUGUACCUAUUCCCGUGUCUUCAACCCUAAACCUAGCCCUAAUUCAUACCCUAGUCAUGCCACACGCUAUCAUAACCCUAAUAUUCCAGGCCUAACCCUCCUAACCGUGAUCAUAAAACUAUAAUCCUAACUCUUUCCCCCGCAACUUAGGGCAGGAUCACCUGUGACAGGGGAAUCCAUAUUUCCAUGGCAAACCGCUGUUAUUCGUGCUCGUACAUUUUUAAAAUUUUCCUUCCAAGUAGAUUAGUCAUUUCUGGACAACUUUGUCUGCAAAAGCGCUUGCGGAAAGUUGUGUGCGUUUCAUAAGUGAAGAACUUCGUUGCGAAGCAGUCCGCAACCAACUAGCUCAUUGUCCUUCGGCAAAGAGCUAAGGCGAAUUUCGAACAAAAGGUUCCAUAUCCCAAAUACCAAAUGGCCCCUUACAUCGCUUAGUCCGAUAACAGAGUCGAGGGUAUCCUGGGGACAAAAACAGAUGGAAUAUCUAGACAUGAGACAAUGGAAUGGCCAUUUAUGGCUGCUUGGCCGUUUUUAGUCAGCCUUUUUAGGUGCUGCUAUGCGGUUGCUGUUUGGGUUCGAGAGAGAACCCCAAGGCACAACGGAACGAGUGAUCUCCAUAACAUGAUCGGUGAUCGCCCUCUACCAGAUGGAAUAUUUAAUAUAUGCGUUUUUAAAACGCCGAUGUUUUGACUUCUUCCGCCUAGAAAGUAUGAUUUCUAUAUGAGCAAAAUGACACUUGUAAAGUUUUUUUGAUUAUUUCUUUGUGCGACGGUUUCCGUCUAUGCAUAUAUAUACCCUGAAGAGGAUGUUGCGCUUUCAGGUUUCCAGCCAAUAUUGUCCUCCACGGGGAAGGAGCCAGAAAUAGUGGAUCCGAAUGAGACGGACGACCCGGUUGGAUCGUUCUCCAUGAAAAAAGAAAUCGCCGACAUGCUGACUUGCAAUAAGAUUACCUUCCAGUUCCUGGCUCUGAGCGUGUGAGUAACCAGGCUGCACGCGAAGUUUUUUGUGUUCCUUUGCAUGGAUGCACACUUUUGAAAUGCUCAUGAAAGCCUUGGCUUUUACAGGGUCUUCCGAUUAUAGAGGCAAAGGGGAUUCCAAGGUAAUUUCAUCGAAAAAAUGACAUAGUAAGUUGUACACGUCUCUGUCGGACAGAGGCAGCUGCUUGUCAUGCAGCACUGACCAGCGCGACCGAGGACUGCAGACAUGGAUGUGCGGGUGGCGCGUAGCAGCAUGAGAAGCUGGUUGGAAUUCAUUGCUGACGAUGCAUGUUGUCCUAUCAGGUCACGACCCUAAAUUUAGGGCCGUUCAGAUGGUGGCCCAGGGAAGUAAGCCCAGAGUUAGGGGGCUACCGACUGCGUGGUUGCCAGACGUCCACUCAUCCAACGGUAACAUCGACUUACCCGCGGCCUAUGCUGCCUUGCAGCAUCAGAUAACAGGCAGCCAAGCUCCCCGACAGUUUGACCAUCGGUUCCGACGACGUCCACCGUGUGCUCCAGAGCAGGGCCAGAGCAGGGACGGUGAUUCGCGAGUGGAUUAGAUUAUAAUGACAACAGACUUGCGCAACAUCUGUCGCACUCUCUGCUCUCCUCCUACCUGGACCCGAUGUCAAAACCGAAUCAAGAAGACUAGAGGUGGGAGAAGCCGCAGGUAGCUGCCAUGACAAAAACCCACCCCUAGGCAUACCACCGUACCCGGCGGUCCACAACAAACACUUGACUAGGACUUUCAACAACAAUAAAAAUGGGAGAAAGCAGGGAUCCCAAUUAGCGCGACGAGCUUGCAACUAGCUCUGCCAUCUCACCCCAAAUUGGUUGGCAUUCCCGAUAACGCCUGUCAGAAUCCAACCUAGCCUCCGUAUUGGUCCAGCCCACCUACCGCGUGGCCCGGUUUUAGGGGCAAAGGUCAACCUCACCAGAGCCUGUAACACGACAUGUGCCUUCCCAUCCCCACCGAGACCGGGACCACGGGACGCCUGCGCCGUACUUGAGCGAAGGUCCAUGAUUAACCCAAACUCACACUCCCUGAGGUGCAGGCGUUGAACACAUCUGGCACUUUCAUACACGAUAGCACACACGCAGACGCAAACGCUAUCUAAUGACGAACAGGCCCAUUUGCUGUCCCCAAAUUCGAGAGCAAAACGGACACCUUUAGAUUAUCGCCCGCCCCUCUUCGGUCUCGGGGUAAUCAUUCUGUCUGGAAGUCUCCCUUUGUAGCUUUGAGUUUUACAUAUUUACUGCGACUUAAAUUGGCAGCCGGCGUUGUGUGUGCUUUUGUGGACAGGUCAGAUGAAGGACUGUAGGUCAGUCCCAAGGUGUCCUUCUUGCUAUGGCCCCAUACGGCAUUCUCACGCAAGUGACACUCGAGCCGUCCACUCCCUUUGUGUGAAAACCCGGUUUUAUGCCCAGAUUGGGCGUGUGGGGCUCGCGUAGACGGACUGUCUGGCCUUGCUAGUCACCGCGCCUGACCCUGCCUCCGGUCUUCUUUACUCUGUCUUUGAGUUAGGCUCAAACGGAUGAGGGAUAGGGUGCGAUAGAUGCAGCGCAAGUACACCAUCACCAUAAACUGACUCACGAGCAAAUCACCGUCCCUGCGCCCACCCUGUUGUGGGGCACACGGCGAUUAUCGUUGCUCGCGACGGCCGAACUAACAGUCCAAAGUAUGUAAGCUAAUGCCAGUGGAAUGAAGUUCGUGUAUACAUAACAGCAUGACACGCAAGCAACUAGGGCCUGGUUUCUCACCAUUAAUGGUUAGUGAAUCAUGCGGUUCCUGUCAAUCGUUUCUGGAAACAGCAUUACUGCAAAAUCCUAGAUGAAAAAACUGUUAAAUAAGGAGUCUGCAUAACCUCUAUAUUCAUUAGUUGACGUAUACCAUGAAGCCUUAACUGAAACUUUAAAAUUUAUCUCGAUUAGAAAUGAUUACUUGAGUGGGGUCGUAAGAUCAACUGUUAGAGGGCAUAUUCGAAAGAUAUCUUGGUCACAUCAAGAUGUCGGUAAAGUGGCUACCAAAGUAGUAUGAAUCUUUUGUUAUCGAUCUUCGAUGCCCGUGAUACCAUAAAGAGGGUGUCAUCUAGCGUUCGCAAGAAAUUUGCAAUGGAUAUGGACAACACCGUAUGCUUCAUUAGGUGCAUUAAAAAAUGAACAAACACGGGAUCAUUUAAAUUGACCUUAAGUGGCCUUAAACACUUCAUAAGUUGAAACUUUUAGGUCAUAAUAAACCUUAUCCUCGAGUAGAAAACUCUAAGAAGACGUGUCUUACCACAAAAGGAGUCUUAUUUAUGAAGGCGGCUGGAAGGAAGAGCAUUCAAAAUCCGGCCUGCUGGCGCGACUUAAUUAUCUUGAGUUUCCGCCACAUGCCCCAAAGGUCUGCAAUCGUCUGCUAUGCCAGGAUCAGCAAACCAUGGCCCUCGCGACCUGGUAUGCGUUGGCAGUUCUCUGACACCUGGUACCCGCCGGUAGAUACACUUGCGCUCCCGCUCGGUAUACAGUUCGUGAACAUGGCUGUCCAUUCGUCCUCUUCCUCCCAACCCGUCGUGAUGUUGUUGUUGGUUAAAACCCUGGUCGAUUGUUGCAGGGACCAGGGGUUGUGGAGUGGAACGCCACGGUGCGGGCUCAGCCGCCUCAUCCACCUGAGCUCUCACCCGCCUCCGGUCGAACUGUCGAAGUUAGUAUUACAAUCCAACCGAAGUAAUCCUAUCUAACCGAAAUCAUGACGCAAUAAGGUAAUGUUCUGACGACUAGCGAGUUGUAUCUCACGAGCCCCUAGCCUUGAAGGCAGCAAGUAAAACUGAGCAGUGAAUAAUAUAGAGAGUUUGAACGUUAAGAAACCUGACAAGAGAGCACGACAGCGGAGCAAGGCGGGUUGUACAGGUGUGUCAUUUUUCGUCACAUUCAAACAAGCAAUCCGGUCAAAGGAAAUGGGACUAAACUGUCAAAGGUAAAGUAGUCCGCUACCUCACCACAAUCAUACUCCAUAAUUUCAGCUAAUGUUUCAGAAGUGGCGCCACCUACUCAUCUACACUACUUUUUUCUCUCCAUUCACCGUUCUUGUGUGAGCGCAGUACCUCUGUUGUACUCGGCCAGAAGCAUCCUCCGCAGCACCAGUGGCAGUUCCGUGUCGGGCGUAGUGUCCGAUGUGAUAUGGGGUCACGCUUCCAGUGUGCCGUCUGUGUUUUUGCCCAUCGAGACGUCCAACGCAGUAACGUCGCCCUCUUUUGGGUGCAUGGCAACAGACAAGCGCCGUUCUGAUAAACGGGAAGUUAACAUGUUUUGGAAGACCGGCGGCCAUGUCAAAGGGUGCUGAGCCCACUUUUUCGACAGGAUUCAGAAGCCAGGGUUACUUCCAGCGAAUAUGGUCACAAAUCCCGUCCCAUCGUCAGGAGUUUGUCGGUCCCUCCUCCACAACGAUGUCCACUUCGCAGAAUGACCUGACAGUGAAGGAGAGCGUCGGCCACAGGAGCAAAGAAGGGUUAACUGGUCGUGAUCACUUCAAUUACAUAAGGAAGGUCAGGCACCGAAGUUUAAUUGCUGACUGCUCGAGUGAUUAUACCAGCUUGUCGCGCACGCAGUGGAGUGCCAUGAUUUACCAUACGUGCAUGCGGUCUGUUCAGCUUUGUUAAUGAUUGCGACUGCGCCGAGCCAUGGCCGUCUUAAUUCUGUUUUGCCAUCGAGGCAAGGUGGGUGACGGAGGAAAGAAUGAGACAUACAGUUAGUGACCUAACUCAUGAGAUGUGUCGGAAUUUCCGAAUGAUUGUCAAUCACUCGCAAACCGACACCAUUUCAUGAGUCCAAUGUCUAUGUUAAUUAAGUACAAGUUUAAAAGAAUUAAAAACAUAAAAAGAAAUAUUAAACGCAGUGUUGCGUUACUUAGAAAUGCCGAUUUAUUUUGAGAAGCGCAAUAUCUCGAAAACGUCAGAAAUGGCUCUAAUUUAGCGAACUUCGCUUUUGGAUGUAUAAAAUGUAUUCUCACACAAAACGUCGUAAAUAUGAAAGCGGAAAUAAAAUAACGUCGAAUAAUAGUGUUUCCGUAAAGUUUACAUCCAACUAUCGUUUAAUAAUUAGCGUGAUUUCAUGUACGACGGUUUUUCAACUGCCUACAUUCUAAGGGUAGAUUUCAAAACAGUUUUCCAACGUUUCGUGUUGUCCUUGACUCUUUUCAGUUAAAUGAGGUAGGGUUUAACAAGACAAACUGGAUUUUGCUUGAUUUCGCCGAUGAGGACGUCGUAGGAACAAAUGUUUUUAUAAGGUGACAUGCCGUGAGACCGGUCAGUGUCUAAUGAAUUUAAAUAGAACUGACAGACGUGAUCGUAAACAUACCAUUUUGUGUUUAUAGAGAGGAAGUUUCUCCUGUUAAAUUAAUUUACACUUUUCGUUCGUUUUGAAUUACGUUGAGUUUCAGAUCGGCCUCGAAAGGUCGCUGAAUACUUCAUGAUUUUCAGUGUUUUCUCCCGAUCAUCCUUAAAGACAGAUUCUGAAUUACCUGUCUGUUGAGAACUUUAAGAUUAUUCUUGAAGGCAUUUACCGAUUAAGUGCGUUUUCGGGCGCUCCUUUUCACGAAGGUGGUCGUUUGGGUCACAUAUGAAGACUUAUUCAAACAUCGAACUUCAUUUUCGAGAAAAAGGGCUGUCCACAACGAAAGUCAGCAACGAAUACGCCUUCGAUCAAUAAGAAAAUUUUCCUUAUUAAGUUACCUGUUUAAGAAGUGCUAUUUUACUGCACUCCGUUGACGGAGCUCUGUGUACUUUGCACUUUUGGCCAGCUGAGGCUAAAAUUUCACACUGCGCCAUUCACUGUUACCGCGCCUACUCCCCUGUUCAAAUGGUGAACUUCACCUGUGACUGUCGGCCUGUCAUUAUCUGCCCAUUUUAGUCAUUAGUGUAAUGCAAAUUACAGAACGCGACCUCCCGAUUGAUGAGGAUGCAAACUAAAUGAAACUGACCUACUCUUACCUGACCGAGGCCGCCAAGCUUCAGGAAAUGGGUCAGACGAAUUAUGCUUGUCUGCAGACUCGAUUACUCUGACUCCGACUUACCCAGUAUUGCCCGUGUUGCAGGAUUAGUUUCUAUUGAUAGAGUUAUCUGGCGCAUGCAUUUACGCUUUAAUCACGACUGUCCUGAUUACGAAGAGGGACAAGUAAGAAUCCCUUGAUGGAAAGGAAAGUCUCGAAAAUUGCCCUGAAGCGGCUAUUUGUUUCCUUACUUUUUGCAAUUAUCACUUUCGUUUCUGUUGACACAACGCUGAUACACGAAGAAGCAUCUAACAUCCGCCUCAUUUUUGGGGAUGUUUUGUGACGUUCAAAAUACGCAGGAUGAACUUGACACUGAACUGCUAUCUUUUUUUAGAAAUUCGCUGAGUCUCGCGUCGCCUCUGAAUGCGUCGUCGGAGAUCCUCAUUGCCUUUCGUUUCUAUCGAUUCCCCAAAACAACCACGCCAUUGUAAGUUGUACUUCCAGACUGCUGCUGCUUCUGAUUGCCUAUGCCCUCGUCGGGGGAGGGAGUUCCGAUAAGAGAAAAACUUCCAGGGGUCCUUCCACCGGUUUCCCCAGUUGAUCCCAAACUGCUGAUGUGAAAUGUAAAUGUGCCGUCCUUAAAUUUUCCUUCAAGAGUGUCUAUGAUCUAAUUAAAGGCAGAGUCGUCUGACGUCGUGGACAUAAAAAAUGAAUAGACUUUAGGGUAAGAGGAUAGCAUACUAGUAGCACAGGUACUAGCUAAAGAUCCAUACACGCGUAUUUCAACGAUAUUCCGCUGCCGCAUGGCACAGCUGCAAGGGGUUCGACUCAUCAGUGGGUCACCCAGCAUUCCCCGUCUGUUUUCUGGUAGAUAAUGCAAUUUAGAAUAUACCGAUCUACUCCAAGUUCGCAGUUAAUUUCUGAAAAAAUGAAAAAACGGCAAUGAAUAGACUCCAGGUCAAGUAAUUGAUCCAACUGUUUUGUGGUUGCCAUGCCCCACAGCGGUCUACAAAUUCGCGUUUAGUUUUCAUCACCUUCGGUCUACACAUGUUUGCGCCACUUUCCUGCUUCGCAAUUUAAUAUUUACCAUGUUACUUGUUUAAAAUGGACACUUUAUUCUUUUUAUCUCGGAUGUUCUUUCAGCCUCUGCUUGUCUGAAGCCCAGAACGAAUUUUCGCAGCUCGUCGGUGGGAAAGCCUUUCUGAUUCGAAAUAGAGUGGAUGCCCAAACUAAGCCCAGCAUCGAAAAUCCACCCGGAUAUUGUGUAAGAGAUGGUUUUUUUCACAGUUGAUAGUCAAAGCAUGCCAGCUUUCUGUCCUUUUAUAGGAGUAAAUUGGGUCUUUGUCGCCCCCGACCCCCGCUUACAAGCAACGCUAAUUUUCAGGACGCGAAUGGCAUUAGCUGAUUGGCCAGCGAAGGACGACGGACAUUAACCGGUGGUGCAUGCGAACCAUCGAUCCCUUCCGAGUAUUCAUAGUGAGAGCAGGAGAGUCUGUCCAAUAAAACGACAAGAGUGCGGUUUGUGACAAAAUAAAAAUAAUAUCGGAAAUAAAACAUUGAAAGGGUUAAGGAGGUACAGAAGAGCGCCAUAUAGGAAAAAAGGAACAGAAAAGGGGCAGGAGAAAGAAGCCGAAGAAACAAAAAUAAGGAAAAAAAUAAAUGGAAAAUCCUCGGAAAUGAUAUUAAGACAAGAGUGAGGCUGGCACAAAGGUUUUGCGUAAGACGCGAGAGAAGAAGAGAAUGUGAUCGCUGGAACAGAGAGUUUAUUAACCUGACGCCUAAGAUCCUCACUUGAACCCAUCGUCAGAGACAGUCGCAACUAUGGGAUUCAUUAACUUUUAUGCAACCAAAGUAUUUUUUCUCCACAUAAUUUCAGCACAUUUCUGCAGCAUAACCUCUGUCUACUUCUAGGUCUCCUUCAAUGUGGAUCCACUGUUUCUUCGACUGGGAGAAGAUGAGAGAUUCCUGCAGUUUCUCCUCACGAGUUCUGUUCACCUCGAGGUUUGGAGCGCAGAAUCGAUGAUGCUAAUAGGAACGGCGUCUGUGGAACUUAAAGUAUGUGUUGUGGCCGAAUGUCAUCACGACGUCACUCUCUCACUGCAUUCUCAAAAGUUGUGUCUUGCCUAUUUCUCAAUUAAAUCCCUCCACUCGAAUAUGCCCAGAGGCAUUUCACUUACACAGAAGCUUAACUUUAGCAUCAUUUUUGAAGUCGUGAAACCUGCCUGCGGAAAAACAACCUGGUAGGCGACCCAAAUCACACACUUUGGGAUGACCGUUUGUCGCCUGUUAACCGACAGACCAACCCUGCGUACUGGCAAUCAACUGCCCUAUCUACCUAAGUCAUCGAGCUUGCCUUCCGUCGGCUGGUCUUAACAAUGUUUAAUGAUCGUGUCGCGGCGACUUAAGCCAUAAGCAGACCGUAUCCACUACGACCUUCAGGUCCGGUCUCGAACAGAAAGAGACGUUGAACACUAGUCGAGAGGAUGCUGUAUUUGAACAGAAAAAUUAGAGAACCGGAUGAAACAAGUUGGCGGUCGGACGAGAGAACACGUCUUGUGCCUUUAGAGCGGCGUCCCGAGUGAAGAAUGCGUCACAGCGGCUUGAGUUGACUUUGGAGACGAUUGGCCCGUUUGGGCAGCUGUGAUUGGUCGAAAACAGGACCGCCAGUGACGCGCACUUGCAAAUACUCGCGAGCAGUGUAGCGUUACAACUGGUGCCCGGAGAAGGGCUAUUACAGCCAUCCCUAGUUUAUUGGCCGCCAUCAACUCGUGAUACUUCGACCUUCAGAUGUUGGAACACACGAGGAGACUAUUGCCUGAAAUAUCCAUUACUGUGUUUCUAAUUUUUUUUUUGAUAAGGAUAGGUUGUGUAACCCAUUAGGUUCAUUAUGCAUAAUCAACUACUGAAUUAGUUUUAGUAAGUUUUACUUAGUUUACCAGUUCACAGCUACAGGAGGUCACCCUGGGAGUUUUACCUAACACACUGAUAUAACCACCUGCAACGAGUUGUUUCAGUAUGGUCUUUUUAGUGAUAAAUUGCUCGUCCACAUUGACAGUUAGCCAAACUAGAUAGCAAUCCCCUUGCUUGGCAGUAUUUUACCACCUUCUCCGAGUUUAUGACUUCGGUUAUUUCCUCUGCUUUUGUCAGAAAAUCCAACUAUGGUUGUCUGACUCCGCUGCGACCUAGAGUCGGCUGUCUGUAUUUUGGAAGUAAAAACAACCAUUAUUACCUACUCUGUUCGUAAAUGCAUUUCAUAAUUGCGCAUAACCUUUGCAUAUUAAUAUUUAUUUUCCUUAAAUUUUUAUUCUGCAGUAGUCAGUUGACUCAUAACGGAAAUGUACGCACGUUGUUUUACUUACACCUGAUUCAUUAGGGCGUAUUUAUAUGGCUUCUCUAAUAACACAUGUCAUCCCGCCAAAUCGGAGUAAAUUUUCAAUUGCAAUAUUUGCCCCUUAACGUUCUCCUUUCCCAUUAAUUGUAAGUUCAAUUGGUUCCUGAACUGUCGCAAAUUUGCUAGUGGCGGAUUCCGCAGUUGCUUUUCAUUUAUUGAGAGUAGCUUUUUGUUUAUUUUCAAUUGACGCGAUCACUUUCGUUGCUAUAUAUAGGCGUAGAAGAAGAUCUUCAGCGGAAAUCCCCCUAAUCUUUAGGUUCUGUUGCAUGCAUUUCGUCUCCCCUCCGCGGUGAUGUCCCGCCCCUAAACCCCAUAUCACUAUUUCCGUAUUACACGAACCUUGGGGUUACACAACCUACUGUUGCCUUUUCGGUAAAACUUCCCGGAUAUCGUGUAAAUUGGAAUUUUUGCAUUAAAUUGCCAAUUUUGUUUCGGCCUUUCACUUAAAGUAGCCUGGAGGUGAUGUUGUAAAAGCCGGUUAACAGAAAGCUUCCUUCCUAGCAUGCUGCCUUUCGACCAAAUUAGCAAGGAAAAUUAUCAUAUUGGUUUUUGAUUUUUUACAUAAAUUUACUUAUAUUUUGCUGAUAGAAUGGACGAAAAGCUUAUUUUUGCACUUACUUAGCAGGACGCCGCUUUUCCUUCGAAGUUAGGACGUUUCAGAAUGGAUUAUUUUCACCUGCAAAGAGUUCGUGAUUUUGGUUAUUUCUGAAAAGUUCGCCUGAAUAUUAAUCAGCCCACUACCCACAAGUUCACCAGCUCACUGUGGGUAAUAUCUAGCCCAAUAUUGGUGAUGUGUGUGAUUCGAAAAAAGGACGCGGAGAGUAGUAUGAAAACCCACAGAAGAGGUAAAUACGGCGGCUUCUUUAAAAGUUUAUAAGGAUCAGUAAACCCUUUUAAAAAACACACUUUCGCCCUUCUUAAAGUAAAAACCGAAAGCGCAGUCUUCCACAAACAGUACACGCAUUUUUUUCUUGCUCCUCAUAAAUACUAUUAGUAAAAGAAUGGAGGCGUCAACAGUCAGUGAAGGAAUGCAAACUACAUUGGCUGUGCGUUUUUCACGAGAAGUAUGAUUCACGCAGGAGAACGGAAAUUUAUUUAACUCCAAGCCAAUAAUCUACCGUGUAGGACUUGGCGUAAGGCCAUUUCCCCUGCUAAAAAGGACAUGUAGCAUCACUUUAACGGUAAGUAAUUAGACUCUGAGACAAAAACGGUCGCCUCACAUUAAAAACCCAAAAUAAUAAGUCUCCAAUCAGGUUAACACUAUGCCUUAGUCUACGCAUUCACUUAAAUGCUUUAGACGUGGCCUAACCUGCCAAUUAAAAUACCUAUAAAUGGAACGCUUUGGAUAAGCGUAGUACACGUGAAAUCUGCGUUGAUAUCUUCCGUUCAACGGCUGACUAGUAAAACUGUUUGUAAUCGCAUCAGAUAUCUGCCGUAAAAGCUCUGGAGGACGGUCUCGGGCUAUCGCUGGUUGUUUGCGUUGGGGUUAUGAUUGUGAUCGUUGCAGCGCCAUUUUUACACCUGUUUAAAUUAGUUUUAUGUAUAAAACUGUCCAGCCAGCCAGAUGUUAAAGAGAGUGGUUAAAACUGUAAUCUGACAAAGUGUACUUUAUUUAAGCACCUAUGCAGGCAAGGUCGCGAGGCUGUUCAGGUGAUCUACGCUGCCGAUGUGACCGAACCACCAGACUGGGACUGGGUCGGGGACGGUGCCUCAACCGACGAGGUGCCGCAGGCGACCAAUCGCGUGCUCGGACAGCUGCACAUCCGUCUGGCCAAUGUUGGCUACCGAGAGGCAAGCAUCGCUGCCUCACGACGAACCAUGCGCGGACGACAGAAGCGAUCGCAUGUAAUCGCGAUGGGGCAACCGGGCACAACUCCGGGGUAUGUCCUGAGCGGUUUCCUCUCUGAUCUGAGAGAAGAGUUAAGCACUUUAUUGUGGCAAAUGCCUGCGGUAAGUGAUGAACCUCAUGAAACACUAGCCGAAAUUACGAAAUAUGAUUUCGGUUAGAAGGAUUUACUGAGGUAGGAUUGUAAUGUUGAGCAGCAUGCAACAUAAUCCCAAAAUGUUUCGGUCAUGCAAGGAUGCUGGCUUUCGAGUGAGUCUUUCUGGCAUCUUGCAAACAUUGCACUCACUAAAAAUUCUUGCUUCCGUUUAGUUUCAAUGUCCGUAUAAUUUUAAACAAAUUUCCUAGAGGGCACACCCAUUAGGACAUUCAUUCUUACACUCAAUAUGCGUAAACUAAAUGUUCGAAUUUUCCACUUGAAGAAGGGUUUGCAUUUGUUUUAAAAAAAUUGUAAGUAGUUAUCACAUUUUCAAGACUGCAAAAGGUCUAUUCACAUCCGUCCCAUUGUUAAGGUUAGUAAUGUUUGUCAAUUUUAGUCCAUAUCCAGUGCAACGUCUUAUGCGUCCCAUAUGAUAUCUUCGCAACAGCAUACAGCAACGUAUAAUUUUUUUAAAUACAAAAUUGCCACAAGUGCAUCGGCAAGUCGGGUUUAAAAGUAACCGGGAAUUGCAAAACUGUCUUAAGACCGGGAGAUUCUGUUUCUUCGAGUUAAAACUUUCAAUAAUACGUAAUUUGCUAACAAACGUGGGAAAAUAUAAUUGUGUUCAUGUUUUGUUUAAAUAUUUUUAGAUAAGUGAAAGAAUAGGUCGGGGAAAAAGAUUCCUGCUACUUGGCAUUCAUGCAGGCGAGCAAGAGUGGGUGCAUUCAAUAGCCCGCAUGGUGACAUGUCUAAAAUAUCAUCUGAUCGUGCUGUGUGAUAAGUAGUCAUACAACCGCACUGUUAUGUAUGCAAAACAGAAGGGUAAUUGGAAAUAGGACGUGUACUGAGUACGAUGCCCUGAGUACUGAUGCCCUGGCGGCCCGGACAGGAUACGCUGCACGCACCUACGUAGAUUGGUCCAGCCGAAAUCGCAUUUCAGAAUUCCAGUGAAUAUUUCACGAGCUACGUCACAUAAUUAAAAGUUCAACUGCUAAACUGACAUUCUACUUGCCACAAGCAGUUUUCUCAGAAUGAAUCAUUAUUUGGAUGGACUAGGCUUGCCUCCUAAUGACUGCACAGCUAAAAAACGGGUAGGGGAAAUCCACAAUUCCUAACGGUCCCCACCGUCAUAAAAUGCACUCCUGCUCCACAGGUUCUACGGCGGUUCAUUGUCAACUGUGCUCCAGGCUGCUCCUGUGGCCUCACAACCAACCAAGACAAUCGUUGUCCGAGCACGAAAAAUGGUGGACACCUAUUCGCAGCUGGAUGAACAGUUGAAAAUCCAGAGGGGCGUGCUUCGCAGUCCAGCCGAGUCGUCGGUGGGGCCCGAUGGCGCGGAGAGAGAGCGUAUGCUGGCCAAAUUCAGGAUGGCCAAACAGGCUGCGCUGGCUGUGAUGGGAGAUAGGGAGAACACUCGUGAGGUUUGUCGUCGACACUUCUACUACAAUCCCAAAAUCCCCUUACUUCAGUGAAGGGGGGGGAGCAUACUUUCAAUAUCCAUGACCCGUCUACGCUUAGCUGGUUGAUUUUCGUUUGUUUGCUUUUUGCGCAGGUGCCAUUUGAUAGGGCCACCGAGCUGGACAUCAUCGACACCUUCCGUACGAGUGUGAAACGUGAGAACAUCCUUUCGAUGCUGACUGGGGCAGCCACUCUGAAGUAUGCUCUGCACACAUCCUUCGGCAGCACGGAGUUCUUCGAGUUCGAACUGCAUAACCCCGAGAACCAGGAGGACCAUGCUCAGGUUCUCAUCGAUGAUUCAAAGUAAGAACAACGCCCAAAGCAGUACUCUAUGUCACGUUGCUCCAGUACCAUUGGAACCCAUAUAAUUAACUCGGGGGCUCUUUGUUAAGUGUGACCGUACGGCCAGUGACCGAUUUCAUGAAAUGUUAAUUGGAAAUUCUGAGAUCCAUUUUCGAUUAGAGGGGUUACCUACAGUAAGUGGGCUAACUCAUAAAAUCUCAACGGAAAUUUCGAAAUGCGUUUCCGUUUCGAAAAGAUUAAUUAAGUAGGGUUGUAAAACUAAUCAUCGCGCAGCAUAAUUCUAUAAUAAUUCAGUUACCCCAGGACGCCGGUUUUCGAACAAACGCCUUUCCGGCUGCAUCCACAAACCAUACUCCGUACUAAAAUGACUGCUUAUGUAGCCCGCAAUUUUUUCAUUGAUUUUUGACGCCCUUAAAAAUUCGAUUAUAUUUCAUGGAAAACAUGCAUAAAAUAUUCAUUCCUUUACUCAUUUGAUAUAAAAUUACGUCUUCCUUCAAUUUUACACUCUAAGGAAGGGUAUAAUGUGGUUUUGUAAAACUCUUCCGAUUACUGAAUAAUUUUGAACCCGACCGGCCGUCACACUUGCAUUCAGGGCUCCCAAACUACAAGUCGUAUAAUUUCCGCGUAUGGAAAACCAUACACUUCUAUACCGUAUUAAGAGGAGACCAUAUUGGGUUCAAAAAAUUUAACAUUGGAUUGGAUCUAUAUUGUUAACUUUACAAGCCACACUAGUAAAUGCAAAGACAUGGCGUUUUGCGAACGGCCAUUUCACGGUAUAAAAAAUCUCACAAUUAGAAACUUUUUAAAACCGAAUUAUACCCUUCCUUUGAGCGAAAAAUUGAAAGAAGACAUAAUUUUAUAUCAAAUGAGUAAAAGAAUGAAUAUUUUUGUGCAUGUUUUCCAUGAAAUAUAAUUGAAUGUUUAAGGGCAUUGAAAAUCAUUGAAAAAAUGAAUGCUACAUAAGCAGUCAUUUUAGUACGGAGUAUGGUUUGUGGAUGCAGCCGGAAAGGCGUUUGUUCGAAAACCGGCGUCCUGGGGUAACUGAAUUAUUAUAGAAUUAUGCUGCACGAUGAUUAGUUUUACAACCCUACUUAAUUAAUCUUUUCAAAACGAAAACGCAUUUCGAAAUUUCUGUUGAGAUUUCAUGACUUAGCCCACCUACUGUAGGUGCCCUUGCGAUACUGCUUAUCGUGCGGCAUAGUCCCAAAAUAUUUCAGUCACGCCAGGAUACCGACUUUGGGGUGCGCUUCUUUUCGGCCGUCCGUAAAAACCGUAAUCGGCGAAAGUGACUAUUUAACUGGUUUGCAUUUUUUGUGGACUUGCGAUGCCCUCAUAAAUUAAAAGGUGUUUUAUGAAAAAUCAUGCGUAAAAUAUGCAUUCUUAUAAUCACCUGGUAGCAAAUCACGUCUUCUUCAAAGUUUGUACUCGAGUAGACGGAUUGCAUGGCGCAAUGACCCGUCCAUAAACAAUGAAGACCAAUGGAAGUAUUUGCAAUACUUAAGCAGACUUUUGACGGUCAUGGGUAUGUCAUAUUUAGUAGCUUGGAAGGAUAAGUCUAGUCAAUAGCAGUCACCUGGAAAUAUAACGUUUUCAGAUAGACACGGAGACAGGAAACCCAUACGUAGCUUUACGCUAACCUCGAGGAAGGGCACUUGUUCCUGUCUCCUCCCAUCUCCGACACUAACAUUAAUCCAAACCUCAACCCUAAACCUAACCUUAAUCCUCACCCUAAUCUCUCUGAAACUUAGCGCAAGACCAUCUGUAGCGUGGAUGGUUUUCAUUCCCGCGGCCUACCUUUUUCACUAUUCAAUUAACUUAAAACUCCACCUGUGCAUUCUUAAAAUGCUUUAUCGACGGAAGUGAGUCUCAGGCAUUAUUGGCAAAAACGGCUUUUUAAUUACUGAGGUCGACCAGAGCUCCCGGGGAGUGUGGUAGGGCCAUUAUACACCCAUCGGUCAAGCUCACGCCAGAAGCAUUGCACUAAAAGUCGAUCCCUCUGUGGACGCAAGACUGGGUAGUAGACAGCUCGACAGGUCAGGCAGAACCGCUCAUUGGAAGAAAGAAUGAUCAGAGCGACAUUUAAGUUUCGGUCGGUUUGUGCUGCGCUCCCCCUUCCUCGUCGAAGCAAACUUUAAACACCAGAAACAGAACAAUUUGUGCACCAGAUGAUACUAAGGAAUAGUAAGAAAAGAUUCCGCGCAUAUCGACGGAAAACAUAUGCCCAGAACGAUUCAUGACCAACAGUAUUAAGGAACGAAAAGCUAAAGUUAGAGGGGUCACUGCCAUAAAAGGUGGGGACUUCUAACAAACUCUUUUUCCAAGGCAAUGCACAGGGCGAAAAAGUAAACAUACGGCUAGCUCGCGCUUUUCUCGCUUCGAAAGUCCGCCUUCAUACUCAGUCCUACGAAUGUAGAGACUGAUAUGCUCCCAGUUCAGAUGACCUCAGGAUGUAUUUACUUCCCUGCAUGGCAGGCUACCUUAUUUGAGCGAUCCUGAGCUUGUUCAAAAAGAUGCGAGAACAAAUGUCAACCUGAUUCCGAAGGGGUGAAUCAAAGACGGCCGUUGACUGCACCUGUGGCACCUAAGCUGUGGGAGUGUACUCAGAGCGCCACAAUAAUCACGGCACAGUCCCGCUUCAGAGAAGGGGAAAGUCACGUUCGUGUGCUAGAGCGACGCGGGCAUGAGUGAAUAAGCGUCACUUGGGAGUCAGUCAGUGUAAGCCUGAUUAGUUGAUUGGGUGAUAGUAGAGUUUGUGGGCGCCCGUGAUUGGCUAUCCUCGUGGCUGAAUGUGCUCACGUUUUGGCGCUCGGAUGUAGUGAUCACAUGACGCUUAGCGCGGUGUGGGUGCCAGAGGCAGAAUGUUUAAUCCCCUUUUAGGGGCUACAACUCCCCGCCACACACCAAACAGAGUGAGGGGUCGACAGUGCAGUAAACGACCAAAUGAAUGUCCGAAUCCAGUGCACAUGCGGUUUUGAGAGCGCGUGUUGAUAAUGACAGGAGUUGCUCGAACCGCGUGAGGGGCUGAUGCUGCGAUAUGUGCAGAGGGUCUGCUGGCGUAGGCUUUUUACUAUGUGCCGAUGAGUUGGCACAUUUGGUAUGAGAGACAAAGAGCGUGUCCGACAUACCCUUGUCCACCUCAUUGACACCGACCACCAAUUUGACGCGCACUAAGCCUUCCAGAUAGUCUAUAGAGGGCAACCGAAUCAUCAGGAGUCAAUACGGAAGCGCCUUAUGGCUACGAAGAAGACGACGACAAUCCGUCUAUACAGCUCGCUCGGCCGUUCACCGAAUGAACUUAUACACCCCAUUGGGGUACCACUUCCUCGCUCCGAAACAUUCUUAAGUGAACAUAAUGAAAGGAAUUACUCGUCUCGCUCUUUGAAAUUUCCACCCAAAAUGACAACUUCUCAUACAUCUGUGCAAGCCUGAGGACACUGAACUAAAAAAAUAUCAGUUGAGCGAACAGUCUGCAAGGAUAGUGUAUAUGACCAGGCAGGUUUACUAUCCAGGGCCGCCUACUAUAUUUAUAUAAGUAGGCGUUAUUGGGCACGCUUUUUGUCGGAAACCAGUCCCACACUUCAACGGCUCCACCGGUUAUCUUUCCCGACCCGGUCAUAUAACCUAUACUUGCCGAGCAAUCCUCUUCUGGACAUCUUCAUCGAACUAUCGAAAUUCAGAGUACAGAUGCCUUCCGUUCAAAUUAUUUCCUCUUUGUAAAUUCACACUAUGCACAAACGCCAGUCUAAUCUUCCUUCUCAACCACUCCCUUAAGUGGAAGUUUGCAGCUGAUAACCAAUGCACCGGAGAUUCGAGCUUUUAAGGCUUGUCAGAACAUUACGACCCCCACAGACGACAGUAUCUUCGCUUAUAAUGUGCCGCUCCAAGGCAACGCGACCGACACAGACGUCAGUCCCCGAAGAAAUCAGGCUGACAUCGCCAUCUGUCUUCGUCCCAAUGAGAAGGUUUUGGUGCCCUUCAAGUACAUGGAGUGUUCUGCCUCCACCGUCGAUGAGUUCCUCACCGUAAAGCCAAAGGUAUUUCCAUACAGGCAUAAAUAUGGGGUCAUAUAAGCUUUCCGAGAAGUACCUUUGCAGUUGGGUUGGUGUCCACUGAGAGCAGAAUUAAAUCUUAUUAGAAAAAGUGUACAAAAGUAGUCGUUUAGACUAUGGCAGGUACUAGGAAAACUUUGAAAUUCAGAGUAAGAUGUGGUUAUGUAGCCCCUCCUGAUGGACACAAUACUGCUGGAGUUGGUACUAGGGGUUAGGGUUAGGAUUAGGGACUAUAUUUAGGGAUUGGGAUUAUGGGUUUAGGGGCUAAGAUUAGGGAUCAAGGUCAGGGAUUAAGGUUAGGGGUUAGAGUUAAGGGUUGGGAGUCAGGGAAACUAUUUCCUAAUCACUCAAAGUACAAAGGCACAUUCCAAAUAGCCUUUCUUUUGCAUCCAACUACUUGAUCUCGUCGUCUGUGCGUUCCCUGGCCCCACCUGUAAGAAACCCUAUUACCACUGGUCCCGUAUUACAGGUGGCUAGGGUUUGUUUACUUCAGGUGGGGCUACAUAACCACAUCGGACCGAAUCCAGAAAGCAGUAUCAAACUCAGACAUUUGAGAUCACGGAUACACAAGAACGAUACUGCUUUGAAUAUUUUACCGUGUACCUAAAACCAUUACAACCGGCACCUGUCAGUGCCUGGGGCAGAAAUCUCCCUUUUUGAGAACGGGACCUUAACAACCAGAACUCUCUUGGGAAAGAACCCAUAAACAUAUUUUUAAUCCAGAAAAUGUAACUCGUCCGAAACCUCCAUCAAACCACUUUCUUAAGGCGGGACUCAUCCACCAUUUGGCUGAGUAUACGAACAAAGGGAGCCGUUCAGAAUUUAACAUUGUUUCAGCCAAGUGCAUGGUAAGACCCCGUCUGCGUGAAGAGAGAAGUGUGAUUAGGUGCACUUGUUACUGUGACUGAAAGUAAUCUGCUGUUCAGCAGACGAGCGGUCGCAGACCUGCACAAAGCUCAAAAGUGUGGCCACUAUUUUCCACUCGCCAAGUUAAUGACAUUUUUGCAUUCUAUUUUCGUCUACUGACAAACUGGAGCCACAUGCUAAGAGCUGCGAUUGUAAGCGAAGGGCUUCUGGAACUUAUUACGACAGAGAAAUUACACCUCUUUGCGCUUUCUUUCAGGAACCGAUUGAUGACCGCGUCGCCGCCAAGGAUAGGUGUGAACGCACAGCCAUGGUAAGUGUUUUUGUUGUUCUCUACACAUUUUUAUGACUGCAACCUUUCUCAUAAGUAAUACUAUUGUAAGCUGGCCCUCUAAACUCGGGGUUUAAGGCGGUUAAAACCUUGAUUAAAAUAGGUCUCCCUACUGACUGACUUUAAGCAUUGACAGAGCAUGCUGCCUGAAGGACGCUAUUUGAAACAAACGUCUACCCGGCAUUGCACCAGAUGGCAUACUGGGAGUCUCGAGUCCUUGGACUCGCACAUCAGCAAAACCUAGUAGUGUGUGUAUUUUAGGUUACUAGGCAACGCCCUUGAUGACCCUAUUGAAAACGGUACAUACAAUAUACAUGUUAAACGCACACCUCACUAAAAUGUUGCCAGUAACAUAUUUGUUUACGGAAAACGUUCUUACAGUGCGGACUGUGAAGGGUGCGGCAGGCGGUCUUUUCAAUGUACAUAUGAAAUUUUAAGUGAAGUUAUAUACAAUUAGCAUAAAGUGCAGUCAUUUGCGUAGUUUGAUAGUUUAGUCACGCCAAUAUUGCUGACAUCGAAGAGCUUGCCGACUCCAUCAUGAUUAAUAGGGGCUUGGGCGCCAGGAUUGUUUUUUUAAAAGUACGAAGUAAUUUUGUCCAAAAUGAUAUUCUUGUCAGUCAUAGCAACGGGCCAUAACUUUGAAAAAAAAGGUUACGACAAUUGGUCGCAAUGAUCCCACAACACAAAUUGUUGAGCCUAAAAAUAAAAGGAGACAGGUUCGAAGACUUCGCGUGAUCUGUGGUUAUCACUGCGUUUGUAGCGGUUACUCACGCCUGGAUACAUAGAAAUGACGUUAAUUUCCCGUAUCCGAGCUUGUUAGAUGUUACAUUCUCCUGAUUGGACGUCAAGCCUCCUGAGCUCAGCCAAUGACACGACUCUGCCCGGCCGCCGUGAAGGUCAUGUACAAGUGAUGCUUGCACGCAUCACGACUGCCUCGAUAGUCAAGAGGAAUUCAACACGCCUCGUCAAGAGGAGACCACUUUUUUCCCCGGAGCCCGACCACACCCGCCAGCGGAUGGGUUUGGUUAUCCCCCGAGUUGAGACCGCGGUGGCUGAUAAAACUCCGCAUAACCUGAGCUGAGAUCUAUCAGCCUUCAGUGAGUUGUUGCCCAACGCAGUGAAAAGGUAUGCAGCUGCGCGUUUCUCAGACAGACAGUGAUUUUGAUGAGUGGAGACGAAUGUUCGAAUUCCAGGUGUAUAUACUGGUAGGGAGGGAGACUGAAUGAGCACUGGGAUGCUUUAUUAUCUCUCGGGAUGAACUCCAGGAAGAAUUCGAAAGCUCAGGAAAAAAAAACAAAUUCACUUUGAUCCAACUGUGAAAAACUCGGUGCCUCGGUGGGAUUCGAACCCACAACGGCAAGGGGAGGCUUUGGUACAGCCAACGCACUGGCCACCUGAGCGAAUUAUUUGAAAUCUGUCAUAACACACCUAUGAAAAAAAUUGUUCCGGGGAUGAUGAGAACGCCCAUCAUGUCAUUAGCAGGCAUUUAAGGAAAUCGACUCGUUCGACGUAGACGAGAUCAUAACUUUGUCAUAUGCGCCUGAACAUUCUUUCCGAUUUGACAUAAAAACAAAACCGAAGGCCCUUCUGGAUCGCAAUUUUGGAACAUGCUCUACUCGUUGUCGGUCUUUGUCGGUUUCCGUCAGUUCAGUCCAACGUUGAGCCCUCAUAUCCGGUAUCAUUGGUCGUUUUGACUCCUAUGCUAAUUAUUACGCCGGAAAAUUAUGGAAUUAAACUGUUCGUCCAGUACUCCACAGAAUAUUUCGCAGCUUUGCAAAUCGCCGGGAAUUUAGACUACUUGGUGAGUGAUUAGAACCAUCGAAGUACUUAAGCACAUCUGGGCAAACUUUUGUUACCCUUGUCCCCCUGUUGUCCUUCAAGCGCAUGAAACAUUUUCCUGACUGACGACCAAUCAGUAUUUCUACCCCUGGCCUUUUUGACAUCCUUCUGUGGACAACUCCACACCCUCUUGCAGGUAACCUUUAAAUCAAUGCGGACUGGUAAAAUCCUGGGACAGUUGCAGUUGCAAAUCUACACCUACCCACCAAUCAUUGAUCAGACCUUCCACUUCUUCCAACCAGAACUCAGCUACCUCAAACGUGUUGUGCGAAUCCCACCAUUCACACGAAAUGCAGGCGAUCUGCCUUCGGCGGGCCUUGACGCGGAAGGUCGGGCUUUGCAGAAAGUCUGGACUCGAGUCUCCGAUCCUGGUGUCAUCACAGAGUCCUCGGUUGUUACCUUUGGAAGACCAAUUGACUUACUGGUGAAAGUGAGCGCUGGAAGCUCACCGGAUGUAAGUGGUGAUCACUUAUUUUGGUAAAUGUGUUUCCAUCUGAGCUACGAGACCUCACCGGAUGACGCGAGUUUAAUCACAUUUGGGUCAAUUACGUCUUCUUCCAAUCUUAUACGUGAAGGAAGGGUAUAACUAGGUUUUCAAAAACUUUUCCAAUUCUCGAAUAAUUUUAAACCCGCCCAACCGUUACACUUGGAUUCAGGGUUUCCAAACUACAAGCCGUAUAUUUUCCGCGUACGGAAAACCACACCUUUCUCUACGGCAAUAAAGGGGGACCAUAUAGGGUUCAUAAAAUUUAGCAGUGGAUUUGAUCCAUAUUGUUAACUUUGCAGGCCACAUUGGUAAAUGCAGAGACGGCCGUUUCACGGUAUUUAAAAGUCCCACAAUUAGAAACUUUUUUAAAACCGAAUUAUGUCCUUCCUUCGAGUAUAAAAUUAGAAGAAGACGUAAUUAUCUACCGAAUAAGCAAAGGAAUAAUUAUUUUUGUGCAUUUUUUCCGGGAAAUAUAAUUGGACUUUUAUGGGCAUCGAAAAUCAAAGAGAAAAAUGUGUGCUGCUUAAGUGGUCAUUUUUUACAGAGUAUGGUUUUUGUAUGCAGCCGGAAGGAAGUUCGCAGUAGAUGGAAACAUGGGUAAUUUGACAUAAUGUGACAUCUUCUAAAUAACCGGUAUUGACUAUAAAGACACAAAACCCGAACACCCUCAGUAGAACUCGGAAAAAAUGUGACCAUCGUAUUACAGGUGGUUUUGCGCUAAUUUUUAGAGGGGGUUAUGGCUAUGGUCAGAAUUUGUGUUAGGGUGAAGGUUGAAAGGGCUAGAAUUAGAGCUUGAGUUAUGAAUGUUAGAGUUAUUGGAGUUUGUAGUGGGAAACACAAAGAGGAUCCCCUGUCCAACCCAAAUUUCUCGCAAUGCAUGCACAUUUCGGUUUGACCUACCUUUUCAGAUGGGAAUGCAAAGCAAACUUCAUAAACACAGACAAGUAGUUUGACAUGGUGCGACACUUUCCUCACUAACCGUUAUCUUUUGUUGUUGACUACGACAACAUUAAAAUACAAAGUUAAAUUUAUUCUAAAAAUUCGUAUCAAUUUGGGAGACUGAAGUUCAUGUGUGUUAAGGAGACAGUCUGUUGGUAUUUCAUGCAGAAUAUCAAAAUCACACAGCCGGAAAACAUGCGGACUAGGACGAACGAGAGCCGCCUGACCUCUCGAAUUCGAUACGGGUGCUCUCAUCGCCUGAGCUACUAGUGGCCUGUCUGUCGGUUGUACGAAUAUUGAGUAUACCCUUAUCUCCGACUUGCACUGAGAACACAUUUCAGUCUGAACUACUUUUCUGAUGCGCUUGCAAAGUAGACCUGAUAAACGCAGAAGAUUAAAAUUGAAACAGGCGAAUUAGCAUAGUUUGACAGCAUCACCAUGAGCAAUUAUAUUUGGCGUUCAGUCUUAGAACACGAAACUCGUACAGACCAGACAGUCCCCAGAAGCUCAGGAGUUGAGAGAAGACGACAAAAAUCAGAGGUUGGCGACUGGAUUCUCUCCCAGGGCGUUAUCUUGCAGGGUGAAUGAGGCUCGUAGUCUUGCAGUCAAAAAGAAAUGCCACUUAUGUGUCACGGACUGUAUCAAGAUGAAAAUUUAUUAGUCUAGCGUCAAGGACAGUCUGGUCUGCCGUUCAGUCCCGAAGGCAGAAAUGCUGAAGCAUUCCUACGAGUGAAGUUCUCUCGACUGACUAAACUCCUUGGGAUGGGGGGGGGAUAGCUCACAGGCCACAAACCGCACGAUAUGUAAUGCAAGCCCAAACCUCUCUGCCCCACAAGAAAAACGCUGCCUUCGUCUAUGAGGCUCACUGUGACUCUAACUACCUUCCAGAAACUGCUGGAAGACCGUAGCCUCGAGUGUAGCGUGCUUUGAUCAUUUGCAUCAAUUCUCAACUUGUUAUUUGCGACUUUGUACACGGAUCGAUGCUUGCUUGUUUAUUUGAGAUAUACUCGGCCGGAUAUACAUUCUUCCACUGAUGAGGUUUUGCCGAUUGGUGAGCACUAAGACAAAUUAUUGCCUGCGUACAUUUUCUUAAUUGAACGCGAAUCCAACUGUCGCCCUGUUACGACAGUGUGUUUGGACUGCUUCGUUUAGAAAGGUUCCCACUUAUGUCACAAGGAGAACUAUGGAUCUCAAACAAGUGUGGUUGAGUGGUAACUCGUCGCCUUAGCCCACAUAUAUAGGACUAUAUCAAACGCAACAGGAUGGUGCAAACGAUAGGGAAGCUGACCAAAACUAACAACCAGCAGUUGAGAACACUGGCGUACAGAGAUGGUAGAUUACUGCAGUUGGUGGCCAGAGAUUUCGGCAAAGGGAAUUCGCACAAAAGUACAUUCAGAAAUAGGUUCUUAUCAGGGCGCCUCUACUUAAUAUAAUGGUCUUACUAGACGUCAGCUCCACUUUCUCAGACCCCAAGGCCAUUUUCGGCUAAGCAUUCGACGUACUUAUCAUCUUGAGAGAACUGGCCCGUUACAGACCGCGAUGAGUGCGGAAUGUCUUUUGCAGAACUAUAUGCUUGUUCAUCAGCCGAAGGAUGUACCAUGAGAAAUAGUGACUGAACGAGAGUUCGACCGUAGCAAGUAACGACCUUUGCAACUGCCCUCAUAAGGUGGGCUUAGAGCAGUGAAUUGCGCAUGCUUUGCUUUACAGUGGGACAGAUUUUGGUUGCAUUCAACUUGCCCCUACCUACCGCAUCUAUCGCGUUUUGAUGACAAGACGAUUAUAGAUGGUCUUGUUCGCAGUGGCUGACAAAGCUACACAGCCCGUCGGUGUACGACACGCAUCUGGGUCUCGUUAAGUGGGGCCGACCCUGGGAAAUCCAUACCCUCACGGCAUGUCAGUGCACAGUCCUCCCUACAAUAAAUCUGACGCUCCCGAGUUUAUCGUUACACGCUAAAAGUCGUGGCCUAAAAGGUUGCCAGUUGACUGAAUAGCUCGGUCCUCGUGGUGAGUACUUUGGAGUUACUAGAAGACUGAGAGUCAGGCUGGAAUGGCUCAUUCCUAACAGUAGUCUUUGCGGCACUCUCAUCCGCUUUAAAUCUGAGUUGUCGCCACUGUAGUCCGGAAACUGUAGUACGGAUCAGGUCCUGUGUGGCACGUCUAGGGGGGAGGGGGGGCAUUUAUCUUUGUCAGCUUAUUGGGCCUGAGCCAAAUUCCGGUCGUUAUGACAUUUUCUUGCCAUCGGCGAAAAAUAUAUUGGGAGGUGCGGGUGCGGUAGAAGCUUCGCAAGUCGCCGGUGCUGAGUCAACUCUGUGGAGCACGCGGUGAACGUCGUCGCUUUUGACGGUCGGAUACUCAAUUCUCGUCAAAGGUGUUUUGAUCUUAAAGUAGCGGAAAUGCCAUAAAGGCCACAUUAAGGAGUCACUGCAGCCUGAUCCUCAGUUUUGAGCAGGAUCGAAUUACCCUGUCAGGUGUGGCAACCGUCCGAGUCACGGCUGGCCUGUCCGAGUCAGGUCGACCUUGGAUAAGAUUGGACGCAGUGGCCGGUGUGGUGUGCGCCUCACGCAGUCCUAACACCUGGAUCUAGCGCAACAUCGACGCAGCUGGUUCGGAGGGCACCACUGCGGUUGAACAGCAAUCCGGACGCCGUCACUUUAAAUUGAAUCCCAGACUAGACUAGUGACAAGCUACCAAAAUGUGCACGGGGAAGAAGUCAGCCAAAGUCAGCAGCUAACCGUCUAGGUGAGCCAAUAAGAGGCGUAUCUGCUGCCAGAUGCCGAGGAAUGUCUUCUCGGAAUCAAGCUGAAUGUUACCCGCGUUCGACAAGUAUGACCCGUACGCCCAUUGUUGCCAUGGGAAGGUCGAAAACAAAUAAACAACUCGUUCUACACUUUAUAGCACUGUCUAAUGAAAUCCGUUGAUCCUCUCUCUUGCCUCAACUCCAACUACCUUUUAGUGCUUGCUCGUAUGACACUCCAUUUCUAAUUAUUUUUCUACUCUACUUUCGCAAGAUUCGACGGUUUUUGGUGGCAGUCUACCUGGAUCCGAGUCAAAUCAAGCCGGCUUACAUUUGGUAUUGGUCAAUCCAGAGUCUGCGACGUGUGGACCUAGUGACGGUCCUGGGUCAGUCGGCCUACGCAGGACUGUUGAUCCGGGGAGACGGAGGAUCUACGAGCGCGGACGGGGGUCGUCUACUAACCUCUCGUCGUGUUGGCGUCUUCUCCAGCCAUCCUCUGGAGGUCUCCCUCGGCACAGAACUUGGUACUAUGGCCGGAGUCGGCGAGUCUCGGACACUUUCCUUCCUGCUCAACAGUACAUCGGUUUACGAACUAAAGGUACGUACUUGAUUCUAGCUAUCCACACAACGGACCGGUGCUCUUCAUCGACAAACCUAGAGCUUUUAAAUAUGCCUACUUACACAUUAAUAAGUAGGUGCAAAAAACAGGGAGAUACGGACCAAUCGCCGGUCAGCGUAGCGUUCGCUAGUUGUGAAGCGCGUUCACAGCAGCCGUUCUACACGGAAAGGCAGUCCCAAACAAAUAACGGACGCUCGUAUUAGUCUCUAACUGCUUUUCAUCGACAAACCUGGAGCUUUUCACUGGAGCUACUUGCAUACUGAUAAGUAGGCGUGAAAAACGGGGAUAGACGGACCAAUCGCCGGAAAGUGGUCCAGACCACUCCGAUCUUGCAGACCCAUGUAGGAGUCCAUACUCAGUGACGCCGAAAAGAGUUGUAGCAAAUAAACGAGAAGUUUUCGGGGCUCAGCAGCCGCACUACCUGGCACUUUGAUAGCAAACCACGGCAGAAUGGGAACAGCAGCAGAGUCAGUCGGUUUAUUAAAUGGUACUUCGAGACCCGGGUGCGGAGCAGCUCUCACCCAACAUUGUUGUAGUCUACGCCGUAAUCUUCCUCCAAAGUCAGCCUCGUAGCAUGGCUCCAGGGUGAGGACAGCAACUUUUCACGACCAAUCGGUGCUCGCGUAGCUGUCAGUCCAGUCACCCUGCUGCCGACACCGUGACAAGCAGUGCCACCUUGCUCAUCUACCCUUAAUUGGCUGUCUUCAGAGAGGCUGCUCCCGGUCGAAGGGCGAUAACGGUACAUAACUCCCUGGUAAUGUGUCUCGUCGUUUCAGAAACCUCUUGGGCAAAUGGCGGGGACCGUCGUAGUUGUGGUGACCUACUUCCAGUAGUCUGUAAGACGAGCAGGGAGGUCCGACGGUGGCCGGCCCCUGGGGCUUGCCGGAUUUUUUAUGAUCAUUCCUCAGGUACAGUGCGUGACCUAUCUCAUGAAAUGUUGGCUGAAAUUCUGAAAUGCGUUUUCGAUUAGAAAGGAUUACUUGGUCGCGGUUGUGAUACUGAUUAUCUUAAGGCAUACUCUUAUAACAUUUUGGACUCGGCAUGAUGUCGGCUUUUAAAUGCACUUCUUUUCAAUCUCCUGUAGAAAGCGUACUCGGCAAAAAUGACUACUUAAGUAGCAUGCAUUUUCCCCAUUUAUUUUCGAUGGUCUUUAAAAUUCAAAUAUAUUUUAUAGAAACCACAAACAAAAAUAUGCUUUCUUUUAGUCAAUCAAUAGAGAAUCACGUCUUCUUUAUAUUUUAUACUUAAAGAAGACUUAUAAUAAGGUUUUAAAAAAAGACGUGAUUCUCUAUUGAUUGACUAAAAGAAAGCAUAUUUUUGUUUGUGGUUUCUAUAAAAUAUAUUUGAAUUUUAAAGACCAUCGAAAAUAAAUGGGAAAAAUGCAUGCUACUUAAGUAGUCAUUUUUGCCGAGUACGCUUUCUACAGGAGAUUGAAAAGAAGUGCAUUUUAAAGCCGACAUCCUGCCGAGUCCGAAAUGUUAUAAGAGUAUGCCUUAAGAUAAUCAGUAUCACAACCGCGACCAAGUAAUCCUUCCGAAUCGAAAACACAUUUCAGAAUUUCAGCCAACAUUUCAUGAAAUAGGUCACGCAUUGUACACUAGACUGCAUUUUCACAUCUUUGCUCCGACUUUUAACACAACUACACCCGUAUGUAGGUGGACAACUGUUGUAUUAGCUGAGGCUGCUUGUUGGUUUGGUUGCAUUCCAAUGUAACUUAGCCUCAAGUCAGUCAUUGAGUGUUCUCAUGAGUAAAAAUUCAAGGAAGACUGGUAACUCUUCCCCCUUCCCUUCUCGUGAAUUGCAUAUUAGGGAAGACGCUCUUCGGCAACAUGUGAAAAUUUACUAGGAUACUCUGGAAUAGGCAGUUUCAACGGCGCACCAAACUCAGUGUGGUACUAAAAUCGCGUCAAUGUACCUCCAGAGACUAAAUGGCCUAAAGUGUGGCGGACGGUCUAGCGCGCUCUGUAAUAGAACAAAACAAACACUCUGAAACUCCCGUAACUAGGAUGCGGGCUUUGCCAGCGGCUGAGGGCUAAUCCACGGGGAAAUUAAAUGGAAGACGUGUCUAUUGUGCCAGCGAUCAUUUUAAAACUACCAUUAGCAGCUUGUUCAGAAGCUAUAACAAGGAGAUUGAGGUUUCAUGGAAGUGAAGCUUACUUGUCAGUUUUUCUCGAUCGCCUACAGAGCAAUUAACUACUCUGGAGCCAAACCUAACUCUUAACAGCUAACGGUAUUACUUAGACUUGCAGUUAACACAUGCAAUUUCCACGCCGUCUUUUUCAUACAUAAACUAAAUUCCUAACUCAGAAUUAUCCUCCCUUUCUUGCGUUUUAGGUGAGAGUCAAGCCCAAGGCUAUAGGGAAACGAAAAUACCAAAUAAAUGUAGUCGAUCAGACAAGCCGCGCCGUGUUUCACUCAUGGAUUCUCUGCGUCGAAACCAAAGCGCCCGAGGUUUCGCGUACGUAUGACGUCCGAAUACCUGUCUACGCUCGAGAUGACAGUACCGGCACCCUGAAUAAGCGACUUUCUUACACCAACCCCUAUCCCCAGGCCAAAACACUUCAGUUAGAAAGCAGCAGACCGGAUCUGGUUCAGAUAAAGGUAUGCGCGUCUCUCUUGCAGCUUCUAUAAGCGGUUACAUGUCCUUAUUGCUGUUCUGUAACAUUUCCGGAAAAUAAACACGACUCUAUCAACUAUGGGCCACCCAAUUGUCCUGGCAACGAACUGCGCUGGACCAUAACGGGGGCCCGACUGGCUCACGUAACGCGUUUACCGGGCCGUGCUGAGUCUGCGCAAGCCCACAACUACUGGCGUAAUAUGGUAGGGAGUAAUGGUGUGCCUAGACGCAGGUUUUCACGCUGCGUCAGGCACUACGCCCAAUUCCGUCCUCACCUCGGUAUGGAAGCCGACAUCGUUACUUAUAAUGGCGGCAUCUAACUCCUUAGUGUUGCUAAUGAUUUCAUUGGUUGUCUGGCUUCCCGUUUCAGGACAGUCAGCUCGAUGUCGGCGCCGGUGAGACAGCCCAGAUCUGUCUAAAAUUCAACGUGCUUCCAUCGCCAACGACCACUAAUUGCUUUGUCUUCCUAACUGAUGAAAACGAGAAGAUUGAGGACACUUUUGCUAUCAACAUUGAAUAUUUUUAA